CCUCUCCUCAAUGAAUCCAAGCUUCUUCUCUUCCUGACAUUUCAACAGACAUGUCCUUCCAAUCUUUCUUCCAUCAUACCUGACAGUCCUUUUUUAUUAAGUGGACAAGCUCAUUGGAGCCGUGCACAAAUCAAUGCACAGACUUUCCAUUGGGUGCUGGGGAGACAUGGAGGGAUGCUGCUGCAGGAGAGCAGGAGCAGGUGUUCGCGCGAAUGUGUCGGUCCCAUUGACACAUUAAAGAACACAAAGAUUGUCUUCGAGCUGUGGGGAUGGACAGGAGACGGAGAGCGACUGUGGCUCUCACCCUCAAUUUCCUCUCUCUCCUCUUCUCGAUCACUGCCUUCAGCAGCAGCUACUGGUGCGAGGGAAUCAGAAAAGUCCCCAAGCCUUUCUGCACGGGCAGAGCCAGGGAAAAACAAGCGUAUUGCAUUCAUUUCAACAACUCUGAAGCCAACAGCAGCAGUAACGUGGUGCAAUACACUUGGGAAACGGGAGACGACAAAUUUAUUGAGAGGCAUUUUCAUGCUGGGAUAUGGUACUCCUGUGAGGAAAACAUUAACGGAGAUGGUAAGGAAAAAAAUUUAAAUAAUUUUUCUCCCCCCGCCUCUCCCCCCCAGAGCCAAGUACAGUUUGAGUUAAUACCAAAAUCGAACAGUAACGUAAACAAUCGAACAAUGAGAAGUAACCUUUAGUGCAACAGCUGUCACAAUCUGUGUUGCUCAUUAUUAUUAUUUUACUAUUUUAUGAUUUAUAUAGCGCCAUCAGAUUCUGUAGCGCUGUACAAUGAUACUCAGCCAGCAAGAAGGCUGACUGAGAGUCUUAUACAACAUAUAUCCUGUAGCUAAAGUGUCUAAUAGAGAGUUUUGCAGUCCUAGGCUCAUCCAGUGCUAUUUUGAGGGAUUGAAUGUUGCGUUUGUUUGUAGUGAUACCUGUGUCUUAUCUCGUGUGCUUGAUAAUACGAUGCUUGAUAACUUUUCAUACAAAGUAAAGUGUUUAAAUGAUCAUAUAAGAUACUAAGAUUUUUUUUGUCAGUUUUCGUAUUUUUAAACCAUAGACUCUUUAAACCUUUUAUGCUCCAGAGACAUUUUAUGAAAUAAAAAAAAAUCCCCAGAGCAGUUUUGGAGAUUGAUCAAUCAUCGCUUGUGAUGUCUGUGUCUGUCUCUAAUUUGUAAUCAGUGCACCCUACAUUGUGCUGCGCAGGAGAAUCUUCUGGCACCAUAUCUAUGUAAAAGAUAAUGUGUGAGUUGUUACGUUGGGCUUCUUGAGUGCCAAGGAAAACUAUAAGUCAAUGGUUUUAAGGCUUGCUGGCACAGAACUGACCCUGGCUGGACCAAGGGCAGAUGUUUGAAAGAAUGCCAGACUUAAUUUCUCAUCCUCGUACCAUUUUGUUUGUGCGCAUGUGAUGUUCAGAGCAGACGCGUGUUAAUUGCAUCCGAAAUGCCCUCUACCUUCUUGGGAGAAGGUGAUUCCUUCACUCUCUAUCACUAUGCGCAAGCCAGUCAUCCAUUUUCAUGAUGUGUUACCAUUCCUCCGAUAAGGUGAACACCUUACGGGCAUAAAAAAUUUUAAUAUGGUUUUGGUUCAAGCAUUCACGCACAAAACAACUGUGUUUUUCUCUUAGCUCUUUCUCGACCAAUCCAGGGAGAAAAUGGGUUAAUAAAUCCUCUUUAUGACUUGUUGAAAGGCGGGCAGGAGAUGAAAAGUGGGUUUGCUAACAAAGUAGGCUGAACAUCAGUAGAUGUAAUGGACAUUGCUGGAUUUAAGAACAAUAAGUCUAUAUUUUCCAAAACUUUUUUUAACCUUUUAGAGCAGGGGUCCUCCAGCUGUGGCCCUCCAGAUGUUGCUGAACUACAACUCCCAUGAUUACCUGGCUAUCUAUGUAAAUUAAAGAAUCAUGGGGGUUGUAGUUCAGCAACAUCUGGAGGGCCACAGUUGGAGGACCCCUGCUUUAGAGCAACAUGUUGCAUCUUCGCUCUCUCUUGUGCCAAGGGUUAACUCCGACCUCUGGAUAAAUUUGAUGAAAGGGAUGAAUUGUGAUUUUCCUUUCUAUUAAGCUAAUACAAAAAAAUCAAACAAAUCAAAUUGCAAACUGUUGCUUGGGAAGUCUGGUUUCACUUAAAUCUCCUGUGAAUUCACUCUGUUGGAUUUCUACGAAAAAUAUUUUGGCAUUAUAAUUGCUUAAAGCUAGAAGCACACGGAGUGUUUAUCUCGUCUGGUAGAUGUCGUUAUAGAAUCUCAUGAAUCUGGGUACUAGAUGUUACUACAUUAGGUUAAACCUAACGUCCCUUACUUGUUUAUAAAAAAAAAAGAAAAAAAAAAAGAAACAAUAUAUUCUUCAGCACAGUGCAGAGGGCAGAUUUAUCGUUUAAAAUCACAGGUGCAAUAUGUGACCGUGGUAUUGGUCACAAGAGUUUACAAUUUAUAGUAAUGGAUGUGGGAUGCUGAUGUGAUUAUUUGCUAAAAUAGUUAAAGGACCACUCUAGGCACCCAGACCACUUCAGCUUAAUGAGGUGGUCUGGGUGCCUGGUCCAGCUAGGGUUAACCCAUUUUUUCAUAAACAUAGCAGUUUCAGAGAAACUGCUAUGUUUAUGAAUGGGUUAAGCCUUCCCCUAUUUCCUCUAGUGGCUGUCUCAUUGACAGCCGCUAGAGGCGCUUGCCGCUUGCCGCUCUUGCCGCCCGUGCGCAUUCAGCCGACGGGGAGGAGAAGAGGAGGAUCAGAGGAGGAGAGCUCUCCGCCCAGCGCUGGAAAAAGGUAAGUUUUAACCCCUUUCCCCCUUCCAGAGCCGGGCGGGAGUAUGUUUUCCUGGCACUAUAGUGGUCCUUUAAAGUUAAAUGUUCUUCUAUCAAGAGGACAUAGUAUUAAAUUAGAGGGGCAAAGGUUUAAAAAUAAUAUCCGGAAGUAUUACUUUAUUGAGAGGGUAGUGGAUGCAUGGAAUAGCCUUCCAGCUGAAGUGGUAGAGGUUAACACAGUGAGGGAGUUUAAGCAUGCGUGGGAUAGGCAUAAGGCUAACCCAGCUAUAAGAUAAGGCCAGGUACUAAUGAAAGUAUUUAGAAAAUUGGGCAGACUAGAUGGGCCGAAUGGUCCUUAUCUUCCGUCACAUUCUAUGUUUCUAUGUUUGUCAUUUGGCUACUUUGGAUAUAUUGAGAGCAUUUUUAUUCACUAAACUGACAAGUGAGCUGCAUAUUUUAUUUCAGACUCUCACACCCAGUGGGUACCACAAUCGUUUUUCCAGCCAUAAGGAGACAGAGCCGAAUAAUAUGUUUACACUUUCAAAUGUUAUUGAAAGCGCUCAAUCAAAUGGUAAAGAUUAGAUUUGAUUUUAUUACCUAUCCAGAUAUUGAAAAUAGUUUUCAGCCAAAGUCAGUUAUAGUGUCCGUAUUAUUGGUUUUAAUUCACUGCAACUUUGUAUCUAUUGUAUGGCAUUGUGAUCACUGUCGUGUGACUUGUACAGAGACGCCAAGGAUUCAGACCUUAAGGACCACCGACACAUCAGGAAUUAGUCAUUUAAUGACCAAAUGUCUCCCUAAAGACCUUAUAACAGCAUGGAAUGUUCUGAUAACUUUGGGAGCUCUGUUGAGCAAUGCAUUUGUUAAGUAGCUGGGGUAAUCUAUUUUGAAAUGGGUUGUUAUGAUGGCAUAUACAUGACAUGAUGACAUUGAUCUUUAAGUGGUUAAGAAUAAAGCUGGUCUUAUUGCUUGAUGAUGGACAUACAUUUAAUUGUCUGCUUGCUUUUUUUUUUAUAAUUCAUAUAUUUUGGUAUCUGGGUACUUCCAUUAGACAUCACAAGCGUACUAUCGGGCUGCUGUAAUUAUCUUUUAGUUCGUGACCUACUACCUGGAUAUCCCGUUCAUUUUCCAUUGCAGAAAUCAAUAUAUGUUCUUGGGUCACUUAACAGAAAAGCAAUGGGGUUAAAAGUGGCUGGAGUAAAGGAAUCAGCAUAAUAGUCUGCGCUGAAACCUGGUUGGCUGGUCCUCCGCGCCUCGUCUCGAGGGUCGCAGCAAAUUAUUAAUAUCAAAGAACAUUGAAAGAAAAUAUUGAUUUUGCUGUGUAAUAAAAAUAGCGGAACAAAAUGAAAAACAAUAACAAAUGGUGUUAAAAUAUAUAUAUAUUUAACUGUUGGGUGAGCAAGUUCUGAAGUUUAUCUGGUCUGUUGGUGACGGUGCUUUUUGACCUAAGUUUACUGCAGGAGGGCCGACCGCUCCUCUUGUAUGUUUGGAUUCAGGGACUGUGAUUUUGUACCACACAUAGGCUUAUUAUUAUUGGCAUUUAUAUAGCGCCAACAGAUUCCGUAGAGCUUUGCAAUAUUAUUAGAGGGGGGAUUUAACUAUAAAUAGGACAAUUACAGGAAAACUUACAGGAACAAUAGGUUGAAGAGGACCCUGCUCAAACGAGCUUACAGGCUUAAAAAAUUGGAAGUUGUAGUCCAGCAGUUUGAAUAGAGGUGCAGUUUCCACCCCCAGGUUGGGGAUUUUUAGAGCUUAUUUCUGUUAGAAUGAGUAAAUCGUUGUUUUGUUUUUUUGUUUGUAUUUUUUUUGAUUGCCUUACAGCAUUUUGUCUUAUGAAAUUAUUUCAGACAAACAAUACGGGGAUUAGCUUCAAGGAUCAAUUUUGUGUUUAUCAAUGUGUCUUGUCUGCCAAAUCAAACAGUGCUUAAUGUUGGAAGAAGAAACAGAUGAUCGAAUCCAAUAUUGAUUAGCCGUUGAUGCAGCUUCACCUGUCUAUCAUGUUGCAUUACCAGAAUUCAAAUCUUAUUUAUUAAACCUGUUCCAAAGUCAAUUAAAAGCACAGGCUGAUUAAAGGGUUUCUCUUUAACCCCUUUUUCAUAGUGAAUAGAUGAAUGCCUUAUUCUAGAUGUCCUCACUAGAAAAACGCUAAAAUGGCGUUUUUACAAUUAAGUUUUACUAACAUUAAUCCAGCCCUGGGCGAAGCUUCCUGGCGCUGCUAGGCGCAACUCCGUUUGAGGUCAUGGGGGCUGUGUGGGGACUAAUCAAAGGCUUCUCCUAGAGAAACCUUUGAUUGAAGCAUUUUACCAGCUUAGUGUGCAUGCGCAUACUUUGAACCGGCAAGGGGAUGGGGAGGGAGAGAGUGAAUCAAUGAGCCGGAAGGGUAGGAUUAAAAUAAAUACAACUGCGGACUGGAUAGGGAGGCAGGCAGGGUUAAAUUCAGUGUGGGAGGGAGGGUGGGCAGCCACAAGCUUCCCUUUGCAGGCUCUGCAUUGGAGAAGCAGUAACGUCUGUUGCCAUUAUGCAGUACGCGCUGACGACAUACGUAAUUUAUGCAUAGAAUUGAUAUUAGGCAGCCGGGAACAGAGUUCUGGGCUGUCUAAGUCACACAUGCUGGGCGUGCAACUUGUCCCCAGCACACAAUUAAGAAUAGCUGAAACACUGAACAUCCAAACUCCUACCACCAUGACCACUUCCAAAAACAGAAGUGGUCAUGGUGGUUAGCGUAACUCUUUAAAUGUGUGUUGGGCAGCAACUGCAGCUGAUAUAGUUACAUAGUGAUCCAGGCUAAAAAAUAGGAUUAAAAUUCAUCAUGUCUGCUGAGAUUUGGAGAUCACUAUUACAAACAUGUAUCUGCAUUUUCUAUUAAUACUUGGGUAUAAUCGUCUAUUGUUCACCCCAGUUAGAGUCUCGUACGCCCAAUAUAUAUUAUGGUCCCUAUGCAGUAUUGAUCACUAGGGAGUGUCUGGAGGUCUUAAGGAUGAUGGGUCUGGAGAUACUAUGGUACAGAAGUCAGCAAUGUGUCUGUAGAGAACUGGUAUCAAGCCUCACUGUGUAAUCUUAUUGUUCCGCUGCAGUCCAUCGUUCAUGAGUAUUACGCUACUUGGGUCAAGUCAGGUGUUUGUCGUCGAUACACGUGAGUUUAUAAAAGCAUAUACGGUGUACAUGUCAGGUGACUUGAGUAAUGCCCAUUGUGAGUAUUGAGUCAAGGGGAUUAAGCGUCUUCAGUAGGGUAGCUGGAUAUGUGGGUAAAUUAGCUACAUCUGCAUCUUAUGAUUUAAAAACCUGAGAGGCUUGUCAAUCGGUACACUGUAUGUACACUGUGGUGUCUAUCCCAUCGGUGUGACGGCAAUGUAGCUGCCAUGAAUUGGAGAUAGGAGUAGAGGGUCUGCUAUUUGGAGAAAAGGUUUCGACUGAAGGUGAGAGUGGGAGGUACAGAAGUUCAAGAGAAGUAAGCUAGGAUGAGAAUAGAGGUGAGAUUGAAAGUGAGGCGUGCGUGGGCCCAUAGUUUGUGAGGUAGUGCUGUAUUCCAUACCCUAGUUCUCUAGAGUACCGUUACAUGGUAGUUUUUGCAGAAAUCUGAUAAUGCAAGACCGCCCCAUGCUGUCGGGAGACAGAGUUUAACAUUUAGCUUAUUUAAUGUAAGCAAAACAUAUUUAUUUCAGGUGUCCUUGGAAUUUUCAAGAAAGCUGUUUGAACCAGUGGCGUACAUACCGCAGUCGCAGGGGUUGCAGUCGCGACUGGGCCCGUCACUCCAGGGGGCCCAGUCACCCUGCGGACCCCUGCGACCGUGUACCCGCCACCAUCUUUUGCAGCCCCAGCCCGCAUGGCAAACCGCCGGUGCCGCCGUCCAAGGGGUCCAUCGGUUGGCCCAUGCUGUACUGGACCCCACUCUCUUGCACCUAAAAGGUAGGAAACAGGAGGAUGACUUAAACAUUGUGUGUGUGUGUUUGUUUGUAUGUGUGUGUGUCUGUCUGUAUGUGUUCCUGUCUGUUUGUAUGUGUCUUUGUAUGUAUGUGUGUCUUGUGUGUGUGUGUGUGUGUCUGUCUGUAUGUGUGUGUUACGGAGAUGCAAUAUUACCCAGGUUAUCUCCGCUUGUAAUCCAAGUGAGACUCAGGAACAAGUAAAUAGUACAUCCAAAGGCAGGGUUUCCAGCAGGUAAAAUACAGCAAUAUCCCAACAGCAAUCCCAAUAACUGGACGACACACAGUUUCAGGAGCAUAACUGACAAGCCUUUAAUCACAGUCUCCUUAUAAAGCAUGCUCCCAUGCAAGGGAGGGACUUACAGUAAUUAUUACAGUAGCCAAUCCUGUCCUGGUAACCUCCCACACAUCUCCUCCCCUCAGCCAGCAUCAUAAUCCCCUUAUCCAGCACACCAAUUCCCCCCAUUUCUGAAUGUACCCCUAAACGUAGGGGUACCUCUUUAAAUCAUACAUCCCCUGGUAGCCCUGGUCUGGGUGAACAACAUAUCCAAAAAUCACCCAGAUCAGACCAGGGGUUCGGGAAAAGUAUGGAGGGAAUAAAAUGAGGGAAGUGAAUGGGCCUUGCGGUCGGUCCUGGCAUAAGGGAAUAAAAUACACGAAAGCCUCUAGCUAUAGAGGCUAGGGAGGGUUCGCCUGAAUCCCCUCGUUCGGUAUUCUCUAUCUACCGAACGAGGGGCCGUUCGGUAGUUUGGAACCGAACGGACCAGGGCUGUGGAGGUCUCAGCGGUGUUCGCCUACUCGAGUGUCCGAUUUUAGUUCCAGACACUCGACGGCAAAACACCGCUGUUCGGGAGUUUUAAAAUGGCCGCCGCCACGUGUUCGUUUGUCGAAUGGCGGCCACCCCCGAGAACAAAGGACGGCUACUUACUGUUCAAUUACCCGUUCGCAACAAUGUUGCAACGGGUAAUUGAGGACACACUUCACACAGGGGAGGUCUGGUUGUUCGGUAGUUUCAUUCAAAUAAACUAAGGGAAUGAAACUACCGAACAAUCAGAGAAAUACAAUUCUUUUUAAUACACAGAAAAUACAGCAGAUACACGGAUGCAGCUUUAUACAGUAUUUUUUGUAUGGUCGCCUGGUGCCAUCCGCUACAGUGUGCCUGUCUGUUUGUAUGUAUGGGUCUUUGUAUGUAUGUGUGUCUUGUGUGUCUGUCUGUCUGUAUGUGCGUGUGUGUCUGUAUUUAUGUGUCUGCCUGUAUGUAUGUAUGUAUGUAUUUAUGCCUGACUGUUUGUAUGUAUGUGUCUUUCUAUGUGUGUGUGUAUGUCUGUCUGUAUGUAUUUAUGCCUGUCUGUUUGUAUGUAUGUGUCUUUGUAUGUAUGUGUGUCUUGUGUGUGUGUGUGUAUGUGUCUGUCUGUCUGUCUGUGUCUGUCUGUAUGUGUGUAUGCAUGUGUGCCUGUCUGUUUGUAUGUAUGUGUCUUUGUAUGUGUGUGUGCCUGUCUGUGUGUGUGUCGGUCUGUAUGUGUCUUAUGUGUAUGUUUCUGUAUAUGUGUUUGUGUGUGCGUGUCUGUCGGGGGAGGGACUGGAGAGGGGGAGGGCACGGAUCAAUUUCGCACUGGGGCCCCAUGGAUUGUGUGUAUGCCACUGGUUUGAACCUUUCACGUUUCUAAGAUACUUUUCACCUCAUCUAGAAAAGAAGUUCUUAGCUCUUGAGUGGAGAACGUAAAUGUAGGUCCCCCGUAGUUGUAAGAGACACAGCAUGUGAAUCAGGCACAUAUUAAAGUGGCACUGCCUGUCCAUGGACAAUACUUUGAAGACAAUAGUGAAUGUGUUUGGUAAAAUCCAUAUUGUUACAUUACAACUGAAGAAUAGGGGGUGUGGUGGUAAUUUUAAAAUGUCCUUUUUAUACUGUUAAAAAUAAUAAUAAUAGUAAUCUGUUUUUUAGGACUAUAUGUUCCCAGCCAUUACAAUGACCUCUGUCCACCAUGUAUUAAGAAAAAUGCAAGGUUAAUAUAUUUGAAUCACCUUGCUUAUAGUCACACCAUCACUGCAGCCACCCACUCCGCCUCCUUCUUCACCAGCAAGCAUGCGGACAUCUUCUAUAUUUUCGUUCAAAUCAAUACUUCUCAUAGAGAAGUAUUGUAGACAAGAAGCACUUGGUUAUGGCAGAUGAAGCACCCUCUAGUGGCUGUCUACAAAACUGCAAUAUUUUACAUUACAGGAAUACUACUAUAGGGCUACUACACCCACACCACUUUAUUGGGAACAAGCGAUCUGGGCACCUAUAGUCAUCUUUUCACUAUUUAAGAAGUACAACAUUCCUUCAUAUUUUUUGCAAAUGUAAUACUGAAUAAACGUUAUCAGUUUUAACAUGUAAGACUAUAAAAGCACACAUGUGGUACUCCAUGAUGUCAUGCAUGCAACAUUAUAACCGGUAUAUAGUUUGUGUGCUAUCACAUGCAGAGAGCAUUACUGAAAGUAGAUGUUGAAAAUGUGCAUGCGGACAUGUGACGUAUUAUUUUACUCCCCCCAAUAUUCCCCGAUCUAGUGGAACUGUCUUGAGUUCGGGCUGGUGUCCCACAUCUGGGGGCGUCAGGGAACUAUCCCCAACUGGCACAAUGUGAAGGAAAUAUUAACAAAUUAGCGCUCUGCUGAGGGCACUAGCUUCAUGCCAGGAUGGCUUCAGACCUCUGCUCUUAAUGGGGAGGGAUACCCAUUUUUUACAUCACCAAUCUCGUGUAUGCCCCUUUAGGUCUCCUGUCCCUGUUUGAUAUCACCUAGAGGUAAGAAAUAUGCAUUAUGCUAAUACACAUAAGUACUAGUGCCCAUAAUUCCUGUCUCUGCAGUGAACGUCACAUAGUUUUGUCUGCCACAAUCAAUAGGAACAUUUUAAUCCUCUCCAUUGUAACAAUUUGGAGAGCAAUCAAUGGUGGCCAACUGUAGGAAAAGUGAGAGAACCCAAUGUGCUCUUAGAAUCUUUUCAGAUAGGGAGCUGAGGUCAUUUGCUGUGUACUGGGUCAAACUGACUUUGAAGUAGACCUUAUUAAAAAUCAAUAAUGUACAUGAAUUCCUGGGAUACUUGUUUUUGAAAGACCUUAAUAAGUAGCAAAAUAAUUAGCUGAAUGCUGGAAUGGGUACAGGAUGGACAACCCAAAUCGCUAUAGAACUAAAUAAAAUAAUAAUAAUAAUAGCAGAUUCCUUAUUAAUUCCACAAACCACAAGUGAAAGUUUGGAGGUUUUUAAUGGGUUUAAAGGGUAUUUUUUUUAAAUACAGAGAGAAAGAUAAAGCACAAGAGAGGACACUGGCUGUUUAAGGAGGAACUGUCAGUUCUUCGACAGUUCCUCAAUUCCUCACACUAUUAAUUGCUAUUGAAGGUGAAUUGUGAAGCCAAAGUAAGUAGAUAUACACACCUCCAUAGUAAUGGCGACAUCAGAAAUGGUCACCUUCGCUUGGACAUCUGCUGAGAAAUUCUCUACGAGUAUUCUACUUUCAAAUUGCCAAACUAGCACAGACCUCUAAGAGACCACGGGGUGAGAGUUAGAGGGGGUAAAAUGCAUUUACACUGUGUACUCUGGCUCACCCAGGAAAGCCAGACAUGCAAUAUAAGCUAAAUAUCAAGAACCUCAGAUUUAUUUUUAAAAUGCUCUUGGCCUAUCAUUUCUGUCCAGGCUUGACAAAUUCGCAUUUGUCAAUCUCUCCAAAUACGUGGUUUCUUAAAGUAUGCAAUAUUAUUCUUAGACUUAACACUUAGUGUACGGUGAAAAAAAUUGUGUAGAAGGAUCAGCAAAAAAAAUGACCAAAAAAAUAAAUAAUAGUUAUAAUUAGGGCAGCCGAAUUUCAUUGACGCCUUAAUAUCGUCCGUGCAAAUGAUUUUGGAAAACGUAUUUGGACAAACCAAACGGGAGUGAAAAUUGAGCCCAUCACUGUACUGCAAAAUAUAUACAUAACAUUUAUAUGUGUGUAUGUAUAUGUGUGUGUGUAUAUAUUUAUAUACACUGAUCAGCUGCAACAUUAAAACCACUGACAGGUGACAUGAAUAACACUUAUCAUAUUGUUACAAUGGUACCUGUUAAGUGGUGGGAUAUAUUAGGCAGCAAGUGAACAGUCAGUUCUUUAAUUUCAAGUGUUGGAAGCAGGAAAAAUUGGCAAGCGAAACGAGUGACUUUGACAAGGGCCACAUACUGAUGACUGAAAAGUUACUGAAAAACUGCUGUGUACUUAGCCACAGACCAGUCGGAGUACCCAUGAGUGCACUGUUGAAAGUGCCUUCAAUGGGGACAUGAGCGUAAGAACUGGUCCGUGGAGCAAUAGAAGAAGGUUGCCUGGUCUGAUGAAUCAUGUUUUCCUUUAGAUCAGUUGAAUGGCCGGUUGUGUGUGUGUGUCGUUUACAUGGGGAAGAGAUGGCAGCAGAAUUAACAAGGGGAAGAAGGCAGACCGGCGGAAGCAGUGUUAUGUUCUGGGCAAUGUUCUGCUGCAGAACCUUGGGUCCUGGCAUUCAUGUAGAUGUUACUUUGACAUAUACCACCUACCUAGAGAUUGAAAAUCACGUACACCCUUUAUGGCAAUGAUGUUCCCUGAUGGUAUUGGUCUCUUUCAUCAGGAUAAUGCACCCUGCCACACUGGAAACAAUUUUUCAGGAAUGGUUUGAGGAACAUGACAAAGAGUUCCAUUUGUUGCCUUGGCUUGCAAAUUCCCUAGAUUUUAAUUGAAUUCAGCAUCUGUGAAAUGUGCUGGAACAACAAAUCCAAUCCAUGGAGGCACCAUGGAUCACAAUUUGCAGGACUUAGAAGAUCUGGUGCUAAUGUCUUGGUGCCAGAUAUGACAGGACACAUUCAGAGGUCUUGUGGAAUAUAAUAUAUAUAUAUAUAUAUAUAUAUAUAUAUAUAUACACAGGUAUAUAUAUAUAUAUAAUUGUAUUUUUUUUAGAUUACAGAAUCAUUUUUGUGACCUUUUAUUGAAGCUAAUUCCGGUCGGAAUUCGGUCAACUGGUAUUCUAAUAUUCAAAUUUCGGCCACAUUUAACCAAUAUUUGAGAUUUUAAAGAUUUAGGUACUCUUGAGCUUUUAGUUGCAUAUUUUAAGCAUUUGCCUGGCUGAUCCCUGGUUUAUUUCUUUAUUUCUUUAUUAUUUAUUUAUUUGAUUUCUUUAUAUAUUUGAUUAAGUGACAAACCUACUCAACCAUUGUGUGUGACAUUUUUUCAUGAUAUGUACAUUAGGUGCUUAGAACUUUCGGUCGACCCGCCAAAAAAUAAUAAGCCACAUAAAGUCGUGUAACUGCAAUAACGAUAGUCUACCUUAAUUUUGUACAAAAGCUUGAAGUCAUCACAGAUCAGCAUCAGUUUGGCAAUGUGUAUCAGACACACAGGUGGCUAAUAGUACUGCUAACCCCCAACAGUAAUGUAUAAAUGUAAAAACAGCAAACUGUUCAUUAAUGAUACUUUAUUACUUUACAAUUUCCGUGUCAGAAUUCACAAUGGCAAUUUCACAGACCUGGAUUCAUUUUUCAAGCUUGCUUAUUUUGGUUUUUACGUUUUUAAUUAUAAAUUUUAUUUUUCCACGAUUGGUAGUUCAGUUCACAUAUAUAUAUAUAUAUAUAUAUAUAUAUAUAUAUAUAUAUAUACAUUUUGUUUAUCUGCUUCAGCACAAGCUGCCAAUUAUAAAUAAAAUAUUAGACCUAUUUAGACAUGAUUGUCCCUUGGUAGCCCUCUUUGGACUUGCAAGUUGGCUAGCUUAGGUUACACUGCUGCCACUUGGCAGAUUUGUCUACUAUGUGAUUUGUACAUGCAGUGCUUACCGGAGGCAAGCUUAAAGGGACUCUGCGCACCAAAAUAACUUUGAUUAAUAAAGUUGUUUUGGUGUUUAGGGCAUGCCCCUGCAGUCUCACAACCUAAUUCUGUGCCUUUUAGAACUUAAAUCCUCUCCUGCCUGUUACUCUCAUAGCCUCCCUGCACACCUAUUGAAAAAGCUUUCCUUAUUGCACAGUGUGCUUAGUUUCAAAUAUUUUUUUAUUGCCUGAACUGUUAAUAUCUUGCUAAAGGCUAAACCCUUCUCUGCGUGAUUAAAGUUCAAUUAACUGAACAAUAAGUGCUAAAGUAAAGACAAUCACUGUAAAAAUUAAACAAUUUUUCUCAUGCAGGCGGUGUGAGUCACGGCCAGGGGAGGUGUGGCUAGAGCUGCAUAAACGCGAUUUAACUCCUAAAUGAGAGCAGAGAGCAAUGAGCAUUGAGAUUGCAGGGGAAUGAUCUAUACACUAAAGUGGUUUUGGUGCUUAGCCUGUCCCCUUAAUGGAUCAGGGGCCCCAAACCAAUCCCUCAGCAUGUUUGUGUAAGAUUAUAAAUGUGUUAUUUACCAAAAGAGCUUGACAUGCAGGGCCAAAGUUAACCCCCCAUUUUAAUGCGUUAAUAAUAAUAAUAUGGAUCUACGAAAUAAAUGUAAAAAACUAUUGAAAUAAAUUCUCUUCAUUUGGCAGUCAUCAGCAAAUGUAUUUAUGCACAGCUUCUGCUAGCAUGCUACUUCAUUCAGAAUUUUUUUCAGUAGGAGCUGUGGCGUAUAGUUUAUGGGUCGAGUUUGAUUUUUUAAUUGCAGUGAUAUUUGCAACGCUCUGCAUUUAUUGCCACAGAAGGAAGGCAAAGGUGAUUGGAGUGUGAACAGCACUGAAGGUGACCUAUUGAUCACUAGCCAAUCAGAUAGCUGUCGGACCGUGUUUGAAUCGCUAGAAUUCCAUACGAGAGCAUAUAGUAGAUUAAUGUAUAUGUGAAAAAAAAAAAUCAAAGCGAUUCUCGUCUCCUUUCCUCGUAUGAGGAAGUCAUCUGACAAUUCCAUCUUCAUCCUGCGUUCCAAACACCUGGCUAACCUGAGGAGGCACUAAGGAAGCCUUUAUAGCCGUACCACCAGUUAACAAGGUAGAUCUUGUUAAUUAAACUAUUCUGUGCUAUGUGUGGCAUCCGCAUCUGUUAAGUUUCACAGCAUCUUAUCACAGUCACAGUCCGUUACGGCAAAAGACAAAUCACGUUGUGUCAGAUGUCUAAUCAAAUAAAGGUGAAAUGAAAAAUUCCGUUGUAUUAAAUGCCAGGUUCCAUCACAUCAGACGGCAAAUCACUUUGUCAUCUUUUAUCCGUUUGGUAAUGUCAUCAUCAUAAUUACCAAAACUGUAAUAAACUUACCAAAAGACUGUCAUAUUAACCAUUUCAGGGCCCUGCACUGAUUUAAUAAGCAGUUGGAGGUAUUUUAUUAUAGUGUUCUAAAAAACGGAUACACUAAAUACAAAUAAAGACUAUUCAAGGUUUUUUUUAAAAUGUAUUUCUCAGCAAAUUUGUUAAAAAGUUGCGCCCAACUGCAUAUUAAAUAAAUUGUAUUGCUUAGGUGCUACAUCUAGCGCUAAGAGAUAGCUCCCUACACUAUAAGUGUACUUCCUUAUGGUUUGGAAAUGUGAGAUACUGCACCAUAUAUUUCUCCUCUGUUUUGCCACUACUUGUCAUUUGGAAUUUGAGGACCCCUCCAGGGCGCUACUCCCAAUUUUUCAUCUGCUAUAUUAUAUAGUAAUCAAAAAAUGUAAUAUAUGAAAAGCUUCAGAGCAAAAAUGAUUCUUUACCAGUAUCCACACUGCCAUCUAAGGCGUUAUAACUUGUUUACUGCCCCUGCAACGUAUAAAUUGUACUUGGAAUGUAAGCUCUUUGGGACAGCACCGUGCUCUCAUUAAAUGCACAUGUCCUCUGCAUCAAAACAUAAAGUAUAUGAAAUCUGAUGACUUUUUGUUCCCAUUUCUUGAACAGAUUGUUUAUCCUCAAGAACAUAAGUGUAGAUAAUUUGUAGCUAAUAAGGAGUUCUCCAGAUGUUAACAGACCCCAACACCCAUCAGAUCCAGUCAAUAUCUGGGUUUGCGAAGGAGGGCUUGGUCAAUAACUGUUGUAUUCUAUAGUCACCAUACUGCCUCUAUCCUAAACCUAUAGAGCAUCUAUAAAUAUAUAGUAGUAUAUGAUGGGAAGUCACGGAGAACGUGGCAGUCACCGUCAGUCUGUCCCGACCCCUGUGGACUCACGUGAACUUCACAGUUAGAAAGAUCAUGCAUAGCGAAAACUACUUUUAAAUGCAAAUUGCUUCUUGUCUAUAAAUCUCCGCUCAAUAUGUAAAUGUUCUAUGCAGAUUAGGAACAAUCUUGCUGGCAUUUGAAAUGUUAUCAGUUUGUACAUUCUUCACUGGUUGGUUCUGAGAAAGUGUGGUUUGUGUGUGUAGGGGGUAGAGAAAUUAAUCAAAGGGAGAGGUUAGUUGGGUAAAGGACUUGUUUACAGGAUCAGGAUCCGGGAGGUCUUUCCUGACACAUGGCAAAUCCGCAGGAAUUAUGGCAAUCUGCCCGGGUGACACGACAAACAUACUUAUAAAUAUUUAUACACAAUUUUAUUACUUAAACCAUUUUGGACCUCACUGUAUCAAACUCCAUGAUUGCUAAUCAGUUAUUCUGAAUAUCCCUUAAAGGAACACUUUAGCGUUAGACAUACAAAUAUCUAUUUAAAAAGCUAUAGUGCUCUAUGAGCUAUUUCGAUUAUUGGCCAACCACAUGUACAUUAAAGAAAAGCUUUUAAUUUACCUGUAGUCACCCAGCAUGCCGGUUUCCAUUCGGCCGCCCUGCCUCUACUGCUGAGAUCAUCAGUCUUGAUAGGAAAGCAUUGGGAGGAUAGUGCAAAUGUGUGGCAAACCACCACGGUGCUCCAAUCAGUAUCUCCUCAUAGAGUCGAUGUGUCUCUAUGGUCAGGCCUGGAGUGGCCAUCGUGCAAACCGGGCAAGUGCCAGGUGGGCCGCCAUGGACAGAGGCCAGCAGGGGAGAUCAGAGUAUCAACCCUGCCAGCACAUGCAGAGCUGUGCUAUCCAUAUGGCGGCCCUGCAGUGUGCCAUGAUGGGCCUUUGGGGGGGGAGAUCAAAGAUCUCCCUCACUGGUCUGCUGGCACUUUAUUCUGGAGGGAGAGAGGAGAGGCCCCAGGAGCUCUAUCCUGCAUCUCCGCUGGAUUUCUCUUACAAGGUCAGAGAGUUGGGGCAGCUACCAUGGCAACACUCCGAACUAGUGACAGCGAACUCUAGCCCCAGGAGAUGCAGGCUAGAGUUCACUCACCACUAGGACCACAAUCAUCAUGCCCCCCCUCCCUAAGUAAAGGUAAAAAAGGGAUGGGACAUUUAAAUUUAUAUUUUUACUUUAAAAAAACAUGUAAAUAUAUAUUUGCUUUAAUCUACACCCCUCACACACACCACCACUCACGCGCACACUGCACUCCUCUAACAAACACAAACUGCACCCUUCACACACACACACACACACACACACUGCACCCUUCACACACACUGCACCUCUCACACACACAAACACUGUACCCUUCACACACACACACACACACACACACACUGCACCCUUCACACACAAACACACAUACAUACACACAUACAUACACUCUGCACCCUUCACUCACACACACACACACAAACUGCACGUAAGACAUACACACACACUGCACCCCUCACACAUACUGCAUUAUUUACACACACACACACACACACUCUUUACCCAUCACACACACUACACCCUUACAGACACAAACUUUACCCAUCACACGUGCACACACUGCACCCCUCACACACACACUGCACCCUUUACACACACACUGCACACUGCACCCCUUUUACACACUGCAAUCCUCACACACACUGCACCCAUUACACACACACACUGCACACCUCACACACACGCACACUGUACUUCUCUCUCACACACACACACACACACACACACUGUUCCCCUCAUACACACACUGCACCCCUACACACAUUAUAUUACAGACACACACUGCAUCCCUUAUACACACACUCACUAGAUCCCCUAUACAACUCUGGAUCCUUUAUACACAUACACACAAUAGAACCCCUGUAUACAAAUGUUAUACUCUGUACACACACUAAAUCUUCUAUACAUACUCUGGGUCACACAAUAGAUCCCUUACAGGCACACACUGCACCACCUACACACACACACAGCAUUCAUGACAUACACACUCUGGAUCUCCUAUGCACAUGCUUGAUCAUCUGUAAGCAAACACACACUAAAUCAUCUGUGCCCUAUGCACACCCUCGCAACAUCCCCUAUACACACUAUGCCCCUAUACACACAUUCUCUACAGCCCCUUGCCACACAUUUUAAACCACAAACACAACAUAACAGAAACAGACAUUUACACAAAACACCACACCGCAAUCAACUCACUCUACACACGCAAUCCCACAAGCAGCGUCCAAACACAUGCACAAUACGCUUCUCUGUCCUCUGGUAUCCAACUUAUGGAGACACUGGAGACAACUCACAAGCAAACAUAAGAGAAGCAUUUUAAUAAAUUUGCUUGUGCCGCACAGAACAAAUAUAGAGCCUUUUUCUCAUGCAAGAGCUUUUCAGCAAGGCUCUGCGCUUGUGCUUCCCUGGAAGAGCAUUGAACUAACAUGCUUACUUAGAGCUCUUCUUAGAGCCCACUUCUCAGUGGGCCUCUGUAAGUCUAUGGUGAGCGUUUGCAGGGCAGAAUCCAGAAAGUCUCUUUAGUGGUUGUGAGAGUGUUAGCCACCAGAGGUGGAUUUAGGCAGCAUUAUAAACACGGACAUUUCUAAAAAAAAACUGCACGGACACAGGCUCCAAACACCAGAACCCUUACAUUAAGCUGUAGUGUUGCUGAAUUGUUUACAGGGUUGAAGUGUGCAAAAGAACAAACGGUAAAACACAUUCUUGAAUAAGCAAAAUCCGUUUUUACUUUUAAAGUUGUAUACUUCUAGAUAUAUUAAUAAAGGACACAACAAUAACAAGUAUAAGUCACAGGUUUGGGAAUCGGGGAGACAGAUCCCUCGCCACCUCAGGCAAUUUUUAGGAGGAGUUAGAGAGUUGAGAUUCUACCCAGUUAUGAUUGUUGGCCUUUAAAAUCAAGUUUUACUGAUUAAGAAAAAAGUACACAAAACCUAUUUCAGCAUGCCCUUUUCACAUAGCUUUACAUUAAGCUACAUUUUUAGCAGGUAGAUGCAACAAAAUAUGAGUGGUAAAACAAAUAUAUUGAUAAUUUUUUGAUCAUUCCUUUAUAUGUUUGGAAUAAAUGAUUUCUAGAAAAAAAUAGAAAAAAUUAAAAAAAGACACCCAUUCUGACUUUUAAUAAUUAGUUUUUUUUAAUGUAGUUAUUUAAUUAUUUGGGGGUGGGAGGUGGGGGCGUGAUGUUCCUACUUCGAUAUUUAAAAAAUUGUUUUUCAUAUUGAUUGAGAGAAAGCUGACGAUGUGGUUGUUGGCAUUGGCAAAAUAAAUUAGAAGAAAAGAAAACUUUGAUAUAGACUAUUUUACUAUCUCCAGAUAUACACAGUUUAAUACAUCUGUUUCUUAACAGUUGUAUGCUCUGUGUUUGUUUUCUUUUCUUUAAAUAAUUUGGGGUUAGGCCCCUGGAGACCCCUCUUGGUACUGGGGAGAUCUACCUCCAUCAGUGACGCCAACUUUGGUGGACGUUGUAUGGUGGAGACCGACCUCCCAUCUAUAUAUUUUUUGCAAAAUAAAUUAGGUCUAGAUAUAUAUAUUUAAAAAAUCAAACUGCUUCAACUUCUAAUUUGUUGAUUCAACCAUUGACCCAUCUCUCUCCUUUGGACUGGGUGCUAUGUAAACAAACAUAAGCCUUUAUCCCAGUAACAGCUGGCACAAAAAUUGUUACCCUUACUUUUAGUUGGAGAUGGAACAUAUCAUCAGUAGAAUUUAUUUCCUUCACUUUAGCCAUCCCGUGGAGUAUUCUGUAUGUCUUAGAAAUCUGCACCGUAGGAAGAAUCUUGAGUUCUGGACUGCGCUGUUACCGGAUUCCAAAAACUCUGGAUAAAACAGACAGAAAUAAACAGACAGCUGAUGUAUCUGUGAAAAGUUCAGGAGAAAGCUGACAGAUCUUUCAUUGAAUAGUCUGUUUUUUCCCCUAUGCAGAGUGACCUUUCAUAUUUCGUAUCUGUACGGCACACUGCCAUCAAUCGAAAGUGACACCUCUUGCCUGGCUGAGAUGUCUAAUAUAGGUGGGAGCCGAUAGGUCUUUUUCUGUGCAUAACUGUCAAAGUUAUCCACACCAACUCAUCUUUUUUUAUAUAAUGUUCCUUGCAUUCUUUUUUUUUUCCACCCAAAAUUUUUGUUUCAACAAAAUGUUCUCUCUUUUUCUUGGGCUGUUAUUUUUUGGAUUUCCUCACCCUACCUUUGGUAAAAUAGGAAAGGGCCCACCCAUGUUCUAAAGUUAUGUCUUUUGAGAAUACAAUUGUCCUAAAGUUGGGUUUUGGGAUAGGUUAGUCAGAUUUAUGAUGAGAUUUAAGAAAUGUACCUGUGCUUAUAUAAAUAUAUAUUUAAAAAUCUGUAUCAAAAAAAAAAGAAUGUAGAAUCAAGGGGAAACAAAUCCUAAAAUAAAAACAAAACAAACAAUACUGUACAAAACAGACCGUUGAUGUCCGUGUGAAAAGUUCAGCAGACAGUUAACAGAGCUUUUAUUUGAUAUUUUUUUAUUUCCUCUGCAGAGUGAUCUUUCAUAUUUUAUAUUCAUGUGGUGAUCUUAAAAGUAUGGUUUACUCAACGCGUUUCACAAUUGCUGAAUUCCCCCCCCCCCCACGAAAAUACUGUUUAAGGAAAUAUUCAUCUAUUUUGUUGAAGAUCUACUAUCUUAUGUCAGAGUUACACCUCUGGGGCAGCCUUGACUGACCAUAAGUCCAAGUGAUGUAUCUCUCUGCCUUACCGCAGCUGGUUCACUUGAAAUGAGCCUUGAGAGGAUGAUUUAACAGUACAGCUCUGAAUGUGACGUAGCACAGAUGUUUGAGUGGCAUUUUGUCAACCAGACACUUUCAGUGCCACAAGAAGGGAACGCGGAUAGAUGACUCCAAUAUAUGUCCAAUCUUUUUUUCUUCAAAUUUUUCUUUUAUCGAGGAUUGCUAAAUGAAAACAUGUGAGACUUCUUUUAGGCAUAUAACGUCAGCUGAUUAUAUCAUCCCAGCACUGGUGCCCUUUAGCUGCCCAAGUUAAUGAUUCUGCAUUAGCCUAUUCACAAAUGGAGAGGCAGCAGAUGAUUGCCUGUGGACACUUCUUCUGUGUUAAACCAUUCAAAAACUGUUGAACAAAAGAAGGUCCCUUAGAUGUUUGUAAACUGCAAUUCCUAUGAACCCCAACAAGGCUUUUGGUUUUUCUGAACACUAUGGGAAUUGUAUAUCACGUACAUACUUUUCAAUAACCUGCCACGUCCCCCCUCAUUUGUAUUUCCCUAGCCCCCUUAAUUAUAUAUCACUCCCUAAAUAUCUCUCCCUCCUAACACAAUAUCUGUAGGCUGAGUGAGCUGUCAGUAACUAGUGGGGCGCUUUGCAAUGCUUGUCUUUGUCUUGCUUCUCAUCCUUAAUAUUUAAACAGCUCAAGACUGGCGAGAGUACUUUCAGUGCUGGGGGUGAGAACACGGUGAAGUGUCAAGUCUUCACCUCUAUUUUACUAUACAGUUAUUCAUCCCAUUUAAUUACUCAGGUAAGAUAGACGGCAACAUGCGGUCACUGAGGCAUGCCCUGGGUUAUAUCUGGCACACUACAGGAACUCAGGAACUAGCAGUAUGGUAGCUCCCCCUUGUCUGUGCAUGCCCUAUGCAAUCACACAGGUCACAGACCUCUAAAUCCAGCUCUGCUGUCAUGUUGCAUGUGUAUGUGGGCAGCCUUUUAUAAACUGUCUUGGAUUGGGCAUGUAUGUGGUUUGCUUGUAAUAUUUUUUAAGUUGUUGCAGGAUAUCUGUAGUAUUGUAUGUGUGGCCUGACUCUUGGGUUAUGUGUGUGUGUGCUGUCUGUAAUAUUAACUGUGUGCAUGUGGUAUGCUACUUAGGUAUGUGGUGGGGGCUGUCUGGUGUUGUUUUCAUGCAUAAGUGGAUGGUCUGUGGCAUUGUUUGGGGGGCUGUUUGUAUUGUUGUGUGUGUUGGGGUCUUUGAAGGAGUAUUGGGGAACCCUUUACUGAAAUAAACUUUAUUAUACAUUAUUUUUUCUAUUUGACUACUUUUGGUCAAGGACGGGGGCAGAAAUCUUUGUUAAUCCUUGGUAGUACUGUGAUAAAGAUUGCAGUCUGCACCUUCCACAGGUGCAGACCUCUUCUGUCUCUCACUCAGGUCUGGCUCUUUAUCAGUGAGUUUGAGCAUUGCCAUAGUAACCCACGGCAAAGCUCUGAAUCACUGGAAAGCACCUGGUCUUGUGGGAGGUGCAGUCCGCAGACUCCCUUCGGCUCUCAGUGCUGUGGCACUCUUGGCCCGCAGACUCCCGUCUGUUCUCAGUGCUGUGGCACUCUUGGCCCGCAGACUCCCGUCUGUUCUCAGGGCUGUGGCACUCUUGGUCAGCUGGGGAGAUCCUCUGGUUUCCCCAUCUCCAUUUGGGUCCGGUAGCCUUGCAUGCCAUACAAAGGAAUCCAACAUAGGUUGCCAAUCCCUGGUAAGAGGUCAUCUGAAAUCUUCAUAUUUGCCCUCCACUCGAACCCUGUGGGCAGCUGAUCAAAAAACACUUGACACUGAACAGUGGUACCUUGCCAGGGAACCCCAGGCACCAUAACCACUUCACUGAAAUGUGGUGGUUAUGAUUCCUGGUGUAGAAUAUCCCUCACACACACACACACACACACACACACAACUGUUUUAUUCUCUUAAACAGAGCAUUGCACAUACAUGACAUUGGAUUGAGCUCAAACGUGGCUUUCGCAUACAUCGUAAAAAAGCUUGAAUAACACAUUGUGAAAACAUCAAAUGUUUAUUUUAAAAGCAAAGCUUAGGUGGAGGCAGUUUAUAGAAGUGGAUUCUUUGUAGCAGACACGCUGUUUAAAAGGACACUCCCAGCGCAAUCACAGCCUUUACACCUUGCACAAAUUGGUAUCAUUCUAAUUAUUCUUUUUUGUACAUUUGCUAAUAUAUCUAUAAUGUAACCUUGAAUUUUGCGUGUUUUAGUGUUUGUUCUGCACUGCGUUGUGUUAAGUAUUUACUCACCCAUAGUCAUCUCCUGCAUCGAUUAUUUGUGGAUCUGAUACAUGGAUAUAAACUUAUUCAUACAGUUCUAUAUUAUUUAAAUAUAUAUAUAUAUUUUUUUAUUUUAUUUAUUUAUAUAAAGUAAAGAGCUAAAUCCAAAUGAUGAAAGUAUUUACAGCUGUCUACGGUUUAGAAAGUAGACACAUUAAUAAAAGCAAAUAAACCUUAAAAUUAUUUUUUUUCUUAUCAUUAACCCCUCCAAGUCCAAAUACAAAUCCGUGAAAUCCUAAAAUAAUUACACGAAGUGCAAUGAAAUGGUCUGAUAAUGUGUACCUGAUAUGCCUACAAUUAGUUAACUAAUAGAAAACAGUUAAUAAAAACAAUCUGAUAAUCUCAUCUAAUGCCACAUUGCGGGGAGGAGGAAGGGGGACUCAAUCUUCCUUACUCCUGCUCGCGUGUUUUGGCUGCCAUAGAGUGUGGCGCGUGCAUUGUACGUUUGAAAAGAUCGCUAAUCCUUUUCAGUUCACCAUGGCAACCGCAGCGUCUGUAACAGGGCCCUUGUCAAUGCAUCAUCUGCAUUCCGGGGUUAACCCUGUGAAGAUCAGAAUAUCGCAUUGCACUGAAAUGUAUUUCAACCUCCUCCUGGGUUUCCAGAGAGUUAAAACGCUGGUUGAUCACACAGCGACACGUAGAUCACUAUGACAUUUCCAUUGAUCCAGUUAUAUGGAAUUAUUCUCAAAGUGGAGGGGAAAAAAAGAAAGGCUUUCGUUUUGCUGCUAAUCCCACACAUCGCUGUGCUAUUAAAUUAAUACCACGUUAGGCUUCGGGCAUUAAUUAAACUUCACAAUCUGUUCAGAAGUACACAUUUCAUAGCGUUUUGUGUUGUGGUUGAGAUGGUUGAAUUUGCUCACAGUACUUGAUUAUAAUUGCACUUAUUCGGGCGCUUGUAUUUUGUAGCUGAGUCUGACAGGUCCGGUCAACUGUAUUUGUGCGAAAUCAGCUCUCAACGUAAUUGGUUUGAUCAGAUACAUUGUUUCAUGAUUUCUAUUAUCGAAGAUAUAGUUGCAUCACAAACUAUGGCUGUCUAGGAUCCAAACCCCUCUGUCUCUAUUCUGUCACAGUGUCUCUUUUUUUACAGCACAAACUGUUAGGUGUGUGAAUGUGGAUAUAAAACUGUAUAAUCCACUGAAAAGUUAAUUUAGAAAUCCUGGGACAGUGCGCCCAGAUCACUUCAGCUCAUUGACGUGGUCUGGGUGCACUGUCCCAGGUUCAUUACCCUACAACUGUAACUAUUGCAGUUUUUAAUAAACUGCAAUAAUUACCGUUGAGGGUUAACUCCACCUCUAGUGGCUGUCUUGUAUCUACCAGACAGCCACUACAGGGAUUUCUGGGUCAUUAGGCGGCUUUUGGUCAUCUGACGCUGGACGUCCUCACACUAUUCAUGAAGACAUCGGUCACCCAAAGCACCAUAGGAAAGCAUUAUACAGUAUAAUGAUUUCCUGUAGUUUAAUUCUUAAUGUGAGCAUGGUCAUUGCCAUGCACGCGCAUUAGAUCUCCCCUGCCGUCUGACAUCGGCGGGUGAGGCGCGGAAGCAGAACCUAUACCAGUGCCGAAGGACAUCAGCGCUGGACUCAGGUAAGAGACUGACGGACUGAAGGUGGAUUUUAACUACGGGGGGAGGGAGGAGGAGCAUCGGAAGGGGACACUAUAGGGAGCUAUAGUGCCAGGAACUUUAUUUUCCUGGAGCUAUAGUUUCAAUUUAAAUUCACCUAAAGUUCUGUAGAAAACAUCCCUUUCCCCAACAUAGUUUGACGUUCAUCUACCAUAAAGAAAGUGAUUUCAAAUCAAUCUUUUGAGACUUCCUCAACUUAAAAUGCUUUACCUACAUCAAUCCUGUGGGGGUAGCGUUGUUUUCUACUCCUCCGUGCCCCCCAUAUACUUACACAGCUUUCAGAAUACAUGAACAAGAAACUAUUACAAAUUGAAUUUGGUGCAAAAAGCAGCAGAAUAACUUGGAAUUAUAUUUCUUCCUGUAUUUACAAAUAAGAAAAAUAGUUUUGUCCUUUCCUAAACUUAUGUAUUUGUUCCAGUGCAUUUCUUUCUUUAGUGAUCCAUAGAAUUAUAUGACACACAUCAGCCCAGUUCCCCCCGACACAAUGUUGACAUAACAUCAGAUGAAUGCACAGCCAUAAGACCCGCUCGGUCCAGCUCUGAGAUAAGUAGACAUAUGAAGCUCUUGACGCAUGGCUGGCAUAGACUUCUGUAAUGCCAGGCAAGCUGCCGACAGCAAUUGUAUAGACUGACAGUGUCUGAGUGUUGGCAGGAGAAGCUGCUGAUAAUCUUGGAUUUUUUCCCUAUCAGUUGGUAUUAUUUGUUCCUAACGAAAUCCAAUAUCCUGUUCACCUUCUGUUUCAAUCUUCACUCCAAGGAAUUGCUGUGCGAACAUUCAGAGUGCGCGUGCUCCACCUCGUGCAGUCUUUUACCCAAGUCUGUACGUUUAGUUAAACAGGCCAGACUAAACUGAUCAAGAGUUUGCUAUCUCAAAAAAUGAAAAGGGCUUGAAAUAUUGUGUAAUUCUCUCCAUCAUAUUAGCAUUUUAUGACAAUGUCCAGUAACUUCCAUUAAUGUGUCAGCCGAAUUUAAAGUACCAUUAAACAUAUUGUGAUGGAGUUCAUGUACAUCCAUUUAGUCUGCUAACUAGCUGCUUGCAGGACCCUGGAAUGCUUCCGACCCAGUCGCCAAAGCUUGACUAGGGUCUCUCUGGAACUCUUCCACCCGUCCAGGCUGCAGCUUCCUUCUUCCAGGCAGGUAUCAUCCCCUCCGCCUUUGUCUCUUUAGGUCAUUUCCCAGACAUGUAUCCACACUGUACAGUGAUUGCUCUUGUCUUUAUAAAGACACUUGUGGCUCUCACGUCUAGCUCUCCUAUUUUUCCCCAGCUACAGAUACCAUACAACCAGCCAAUAGGAAUGACAACUUUGUUACUUUGAUCCCUGAGCAAAUCCAAACUGGACACACCGUUCCAAAAGGAGCUAACAUACAAAACUUUAUUUUUUCUUGGCACUAGCCCAUUUGCUCCUUACAUUUAACUUAUAGUGAGAUCUCAAUAAAAAUACAAAUAAUCAAAUCAUAUCAGACAGCACACAGUGACUUAUAAUAACAUAAUGACAUAUAUAUAAAAAGGCGGGGAAGACAAUAAUUAACACAAAAUAUCUCUCCUGCCUGCAAAAUUAGCAAUAUGCAAAUCUACCUGAAUAUGCAAAUUAACAAGUCUUGCGCUACAGGUAGUGCAUAUAGCUGUUGCUACCAACAUAGGGGGCUAUACAGGUCUCAUAGCUAAAUACACCUAGUUGGUAACAAGCGUCAUCAGGACAGGAGAGAACACAAAUGAGUUAACAAACAAAUGCAUUAUACACACCCUGUACCUAUAAUGGGUACAGGGUGAAUUAGACAUCGGAAAAGUCCAGGGUCCUACAUAAAGCGUCCUCACGAAACCCCAGGUGAUGUUGACUACUGUCACAUCUAUAUUGUAACUGUUACCUCUGUGAUUCUUAUAAUUUCACUGGAACUAUCAAUCACAAAUGGAACCGUGUCCAAGGGCACAAUGAGAAAAUGCAGUGUGAGGGCACAUUGUUUUCACGAGUUUACGCUGGCUCUUUGGAUCUUGUAGAACAAACUUUGUAUUUAUGAAGAUAUUUCUUCUUUUAGAUACAUUUACAACAGGUGAGCUUCCUCCUGGCGUAUUGUCAGCACUUCUGAUAGGGACUUGCAAUCCCGAACGAAACAUUGGAAGUUCCCACCUCCCCCACCAAAUAAAUAGCAAUCACCUUCAGGAAACAGUUGUGAGAGACUAGUGCUUGGGUGGCAAGAAUCACAAACAUCUGUAUCUUUGCAUUUUUAUAGAAUUGGACCUCUAUAUCAUUAGCUUUGUGCUCCAGUUUUGUACAUAUGUAUUGCUUUAAUAUACUUUAACUAUAUCUGUUGAUAUGCUCCCCACAUUUGUGAAGCACUUUUGACAGAGCUUACGGGCACAGUACAAUUUUAAAUCUGUUUCUAUAUUUAUUAUUAUAUUAUUAACCUUUUAAUUAUUAUUAUUAUUUAUUUUAUUAUUGCAUUUAUGUUCUUGUAGUACUGCUGUGGUUAGACUCCAACUGCCUUUAGCUUUAUAUAUAUAUUUAUUAUAUUAUUUUUUAUUACUUUAUUAUACCAUAUUAUAUCUUUUUGAUACCUAGUUAAGCUAUAUGCAAAGCUCGCUUGGUAGAUUUCAGCAUAAAUACCUUUAAGCAUACAGAAGACUGACAAAAUCAGAGAUACAAAUACAUUUUUUUAAAUGCACUCUAGGUCAUCUUGCAUAAUAUAAUACUUAACUAUUAUUGAGAUCUAGGUUCAAAUUCAUAUAACAAAAGAACGCAUAGAUUGUGAAUUGCCAGCGGACAGCUUCAAAAGAGCUCAGCUCUACGCGUUUCACGCCUGAGGUUAACUUCUUACAAGUUAGGCUCAACUGUUCAUUAGGAAGUGCCACCUCAGGUGUGAAAUGUGUUGAGCUAAGCUCUUUUGAUACUGCCUGCUGAAACCUCACAAUCUAUGUGAACUCCUCUGCUGUGAAUUUUAACCUGGCUCGUAAUAUAAGUUAAGCAUUAUACUGAGAAGACCAACAUCACUCAUCUUCUGUACGUUUCGCUCAGCUGAAACAAAGGACAAUGACAAUUUAUUCAAUAUGCAAAUCUUUCCAAUGUUUUAAUUUUAUUUCGGCCUUAUUUAAUAACCAUAUCUUACUCUGCAGUCCUGCACCAGUUGGAAAGCACAAAACAAAGUCAAUGAAAAAUCCAUAAAGUGGUUAUGGUGCUUGAUGAAGUGUUUAUAUUAGUUGAUAAACUGCUUUAACAAAUUCUUUGAUGUGCAGAGUGACCCAUUACGUAACACUGCUUAUUAAAAGGAUAUGUGAAAUGUUGCUAGGACACGUCUUUUUAUAAGCUUGGCUUUGCUUGAAGGCAGUAUAUUAAACUACUUUUACAUUUUACAUUAUGGGACAUACUCACUAAACAGUUGUUUGAAUAGGACCCACUUGUAAAAUGUAGGUUAAAUUCUGCUUAUUAGAACUAAAAAUUUAUUUUCCAGUGAGUUGGAUGUUCUUUUCCAGUUCUGCUGUUUAAGGUACAUUUAUCAGGUCGUUCCAAAUAGCUGUUUAGUGGAUACAUCCCUGAAUGUCAUUAUGACAAGCUGUAAAGGGAAUAAACUGCAUUGAAGCAGAAAUAAUAAAAUAAUCAUAUAUCAAGUUUCCUUUACGAGUUUCUUGUUCCUCUGGGUAUGUAAAUUCUAUUUCCUACACAGUAAACGGAACAGUCACAGAUAAAGUUACAAUGUGUCCUCUCCACUACAUCAGUGUUACUGGAGAAAUACCACAUUGCAUCGAGUCCCCCUCAACUCUUGUAAACAUCAUACACCCCAAGUGUCCCUAUUUUGAGGGACUGUCCCUAUUUUAAGACCACAUCCCUUUGUCCCUCUUUUUUCUCCUCAUGUCCCACUUUUCUAGAAGUUCCAUAUUGUUGGUGUGCCUGAGCUCCACGCAAUAAUACUCACGGUAAUGUGUCUUUCAAUUACAAGAAAUGUGUUUAGAAUUCAGUCCGUGUAAAUAAGAUACAAUGUUCUUGUUAUAAAACCCAUUUUUGUUGUAUAAAUUGGUAUUAGUAAGUAAUCUAAAAUGUCUCACAGCAGCCCAGCCUCUGGCCACCCCACCUCCCUCACUCACACCCUAAAUAAAAGUGUACCUCUUGGUCCAUUAGAAAUAUUGAGAGGUAUGAAUCAGUUUCACAAAAAAACAAAGUACUGCACCCAUAGAAUUCUUCCACCAUAGUCAUUGUUCUAAGUUGUACAUACUGUGAUUGUUAUAGAGCCUUAAAAAUAGAAAGGACUAUUCUACCUAAAAAGACAAUCUGUUUAUAAUUGUUCUUGUUUUUUUGUGUUUUUUUUUUAUUCUUUCAGGAGAGAAGUGUCGAAGUUUUAUUACACUCACACCACCCGCUGAUAGAGGUAAAAAUCUAUUUAUCUUUAUAUUAUUGAGUAAUAUAGUUAAUGGAAUGUAUGUAACAUAUAAUUAAUUGUUAUUAUAGUCUGUGCUUUAGAGAAGUAAUGCAUAGUUAGGACUCUGAUCUACCCCCUUCCCCUACAGCUUUAUUUCACCAGUAAAGGCAUAACUUUAAGAUGCGGUCAAAUUGAUACUUGGUGAUGUCCAUCUUUAAUCUGGGUAUUUCUGACGACAGAUAUAGUAGUAGAUGUUACAUAGAAACAGCUGUUUAGGACAUGUUGAUAGUGAUGGCCAACAGCUGGCAGCCCAACGCAUUUUGUAUAUAUCACGGACCUCCAGUAUCUCCUGAAAACAUGGAGUGGAGACAUGUGGGCCAAAAUGACAAGAAACCUCUGUCAGCUUAGCAUUUUUUUAAUCCACUGUUUUGCACAACAUAGUCAUCAUAGAGGGUUGAGCUUUGAAUGUCACAGAAUCCUCAAUUUUUGUUGAACCAUUUUAAAACAGUCAUACAGAUGGAACGCGCACAUACACUCCUAAAAUCAAUUGUUGUUUUUAAGGACGAAAGUACAGUCAGAAACACAAGGUUGUUUUGGCGGUUUGGAAAUUCAUUUGCUAACUUGUGCAGCUUGUUUGGCUCGUAGCUGGUAAGUUUGUUGCUGUGUGCAAUAAACCGGAGUUCCAACUUGCUGCAAAGUCCCUGUUGGUCAUUACCAAAGCCCAGAAUAAAACAAACCAUCUAGCCACUUGUGCUGACAAUUAGGACGCUCUCCGAGAAUAUAUUUUAAUUUAUUAGAGCAAUAACCGGUUCCAACAGCGCCAGAGGUUAACUUACAAAGCUAACCAUUUCCAUCAUCUUCUAUGUUUAAUUUCCAACGGAAGAAUUUCGAGCACUUGAGGUUAAUUUUUAACUGGAGAACAAAGAGAUCUUGAGGUACAACAGGGGCCCUUGUUAAUUCCCUUUAAUUCGUAUGACAGAGUUAAUAUUAAAUUGUUUAUAUCAUGUUGCAAAGUGUGAAUAUUCUUAUCUGUUUUUUCCCAAACCUUACUUGUAGGACAUUUUAUUUGUAGAUAGGACAUCUGAAGCUUGUUCUCCUUAAAUGAUUAAUUCUUUUAUUAUUGCACUUGGAGAAAGACAGUUUACGUUCUCCAAACCUCCAACUAAGAUACCAUGGAGGGAUGAAUCAAUUUCAUGAGAGAUGUUUGUUUAAUAAAGAGGAUUAUGGAAGCAUAGUUUAGCUUCUUGGCAUAUCAGCUCAGUACCCUGGUACCGAUUUACUCGUGACAACAGCCCUCGGCCUUCAUCUUAUCAUUUUAAGAAUAAUUUCAGCAAAAUUAUCUUUUUUUUGUUUUUUUUGUUAAGAAACAGAACAUUUACAGUAAAAUUCUUAGAAAACUUUUAUUUUGACAGUCUUUGAAUAGAUAACUGAUGCACAGAAAUCAUUUGUCAUCUAAAUGCUCAGUAACAUUUAUUACUUAUGAGCUUGCAAUCAAGUAUAUUGAGAAAGUAACUCGCGUGCAUUCAAACAGUCCAUAGGAAAGCAUUUCUCAAUGCUUUCCUAUGGACGUUCUGCAUGUUGGAUGAGAAUUUCGCAUCCAGCGUCACAGAUGCGACUCUAGCGGCUGUCAGGAAGACAGCCACUAGAAGUUGGAUUAACCCCAAAUGUAAACAUAGCAGUUUCUCUGAAACUGCUAUGUUUACAUGUGAAGGGUUAAAACCUGAGGGACCUGGCACCCAGACCACUUCAUUGAGCUGAAGUGGUCUGGGUGACUAUAGUGUCCCUUUAGAUAGUAUCAAUGCAUGUUUGUAUUUGAGUCCGUAUGAAUGCACUUGUGCAUGUCUGGAUGACUACAUGUGCUUUUUUGUAUAUAGGAUCAGUGUGAAUGCAUGUGUGACAGGUGACAGAGUGUGUGAGGUAAAGGGUGAUAGGUGGAAGAGUGAGGAAGGGAGGGGGUGAGUGGUGGCAGAGUGAGGGAGGGGGUGAGUGGUGGCAGUGAGGGAGGGGGUGACUAUAUCCUACCUGUCUCUCUGCUCCCUCUCGUCUCUCCCCGGCUGCCGCUCCUUCCCCUCUGAUCGGGCUCUGUGUGAGAGGAGUAAACAGGAAGUGAUAUCACUUCCUGGCCCCCGCCUCUCCCAUCACACAGAGCCGCGUGGGACAGGAAGUAGGAGACCUGGCAGAGAGGAGGAGAAACUGCCGGGUCUCAUUCAGUGGGAGGGAGGAGGGUGCUAUAAUGCUGAGCGGUAGGUUGUGGGGCCAUGCGCUCCAUCAGGGUCCCCAGCAACCUAUUAAGGGAAGAGAUACGUUUUUUUAAUAUUGCCGUCCCGUAUCCAAAACUAGUGAAAGAGAUUAUAUAUGUUAAAACUUAAUAUUUAAUUGAUUAUUUAAAAAGUCCAAUAGGUGCUUAAGCACCAUAUUAUUCAUAGAUAUAGAGGCUUGAUACCUCUUAUUCAUUUUCUAAAGGCUAAUUGUAGCCGUAUAUACAGUUGCAAGAAAAAGUAUGUGAACCCUUUGGAAUGAUAUGGAUUUCUGCACAAAUUGGUCAUAAAAUGUGAUCUGAUCAUCAUCUAAGUCACAACAAUAGACAAUCACAGUCUGCUUAAACUAAUAACACACAAAGAAUGAAAUGUUGCCAUGUUUUUAUUGAACACACCAUGUAAACAUUCACAGUGCAGGUGGAAAAGUAUGUGAACCCUUGGAUUUAAUAACUGGUUGAACCUCCUUUGGCAGCAAUAACUUCAACCAAACAUUUCCUGUAGUUGCAGAUCAGACGUGCACAACGGUCAGGAGUAAUUCUUGACCAUUCCUCUUUACAGAACUGUUUCAGUUCAGCAAUAUUCUUGGGAUGUCUGGUGUGAAUCGCUUUCUUGAGGUCAUGCCACAGCAUCUCAAUCGGGUUGAGGUCAGGACUCUGACUGGGCCACUUCAGAAGGCGUAUUUUCUUCUGUUUAAGACAUUCUGUUGUUGAUUUACUUCUAUGCUUUGGGUCAUUGUCCUGUUGCAACACCCAUCUUCUGUUGAGCUUCAGCUGGUAGACAGAUGGCCUUAAGUUCUCCUUCAAAAUGUCUUGAUAAACUUGGGAAUUCAUUUAUCCUUUGAUGAUAGCAAUCCGUCCAGGCCCUGACGCAGCAAAGCAACCCCAAACCAUGAUGCCCCCACCACCAUACUUCACAGUUGGGAUGAGGUUUUGAUGUUGGUGUGCUGUGCCUUUUUUCGCCACACAUAGUGUUGUGUGUUUCUUCCAAACAACUCAACUUUGGUUUCAUCUGUCCACAGAAUAUUUUGCAGUACUGCUGUGGAACAUCCAGGUGCUCUUGUGCAAACUGUAAACGUGCAGCAAUGUUUUGUUUGGACAGCAGUGGCUUCCUCUGUGGUAUCCUCCCAUGAAAUCCAUUCUUGUUUAGUGUUUUACGUAUUGUAGAUUCGCUAACAGGGAUGUUAGCAUUUGCUAGUGACUUUUGUAAGUCUUUAGCUGACACUCUAGGAUUCUUCUUCACCUCAUUGAGCAGUCUGCGCUGUGCUCUUGCAGUCAUUUUUACAGGACGGCCACUCCUAGGGAGAGUAGCAGCAGUGCUGAACUUUCUCCAUUUAUAGACAAUUUGUCUUACCGUGGACUGAUGAACAGCAAGGCUUUUGGAGAUACUUUUAUAACCCAUUCCAGCUUUAUGCAAGUCAACAAUUCUUAAUCGUAGGUCUUCUGAGAGCUCUUUUGUGCGAGGCAUCAUUCACAUCAGGCAAUGCUUCUUGUGAAAUGCAAACCCAGAACUGGUGGGUGUUUUUUUAUAGGGCAGGGCAGCUGUAACCAACACCUCCAAUCUCAUCUCAUUGAUUGGACUCCAGUUGGCUGACAUCUCACUCCAAUUAGCUCUUGGAGAUGUCAUUAGUCUAGUGGUUCACAUACUUUUCCCACCUGCACUGUGAAUGUUUACAUGGUGUGUUCAAUAAAAACAUGGCAACAUUUCAUUCUUUGUGUGUUAUUAGUUUAAGCAGACUGUGAUUGUCUAUUGUUGUGACUUUGGUCAUAAGACCAAUUUGUGCAGAAAUCCAUAUCAUUCCAAAGGGUUCACAUACUUUUUCUUGCAACUGUAUAUAUCCUUUUAUUUAUUUGUGUGUGUGUUUUAUUUAUUAUUUUCUAUAUAUAGUACUAUUUGAGUUUUUUGAGUGUGACGUAACUUGUUUCCUUUUAUCCUAUUGAUCUUUUUAAAUAAUCAAUUACAUUUUAAGUUUUAACAUAUAUAAUCUCUUUCACUAGUUUUGGUUACCUCCUCCAUUCCUCUUUGUUCUCCUGUUUAUCCACACCGGGGUUAUCCCCCGAUAAGGAGGGGCUGCAACGCUCUGCCUCCACUCUUCUAUCAUUUCCUCUCUUUAUCUUCCCAACACAUAGUGAAACAUAUUUAUUUACCAGAGCUCCGUUCUAUCCCUCUGCAUCUAUGUAUUAAUACCUUAAACGGCAUACACUUCUACCUCCUCACACACUCUCCAGCAACUUUUUUAGGUCAAACUUCGAGGCUGCUAUCCAGCAGCCCUAGGAGUGAUCUGAAUACACGGAUUACCCUAUUUAUUAUUUUCAGUUUCUGUAACACCUGCUGUGUUUUGUGUUUGAGGUACAAAAAAAUACCUAAUCCCUUUUAUUCCUUUAAUAUUUCUGUAAAUAAUCCAAGAAUGAAUAAAAAAGUAAAACGGUGUAAAUUUGCAUAAUUGACUUUUCAGUAUUCCUGAACGGCAAUUUAUAUAUGAAAUUGCUCUUUUUAAAAUUUGAUUUAUAUGCUAGGUAGGCAUCUUAUCCUAUAUGGCUUCAUCCUUUACAUACUCCCUUCCUGCUUGCCUAGAGUUGGCAGGAAGGCGUAAAAAUUAGAUUGACUUUGCUUUAAAGAUGAAAAUUUAUAUAUAUUGUAAAAUAUUUAUCUUCUAGAUUUUUUUUUUUUAAUCCAGGGAACUGUAUUUAUUGUAUAUAAUAGUAAAGUCACAUACUGACAUUCUUUUUAACAAUCCCCUUUUAGUUUUGGAAUCUACAUGUACAUUACAAAGUGAGGAUUCCUAAAGAAAUAUAUAUCAUAUUAUUAUUAUCAUAUUUAUAUAGCGCUAACAAAUUCCGUAGCACUGUACAAUGGAUGGACCAACAAACAUGUAUUUGUAACCAGACAAGUUUGACGCACAGAAACAGAGGGGUUGAUGGACCUGCUCAAUGAGCUUACAUGCUAGAGGUAGUGGGGUAAAGUGACACAAAAGGUAAGGGAAGUAUUAGGGAAGUAGAUUGGUAGAAUAGUAUUCAAUGAAGACUUAGUGCGGGUUUUUUUGGAGCCAUUAACAGUUUAAUUGAUAUGCAUUUGUGAAAAAGUUAGUUUUUAAUGUUUUUUUGAAGUGAGCAUCUAACGGAGGAGGGAAGUGAGUUCUACAGGAACGGUGUAGCCCUAGAGAAAUCUUGAAGGCGAGCAUCAGAGGUGGGAGUACGAACAGUGGAUAGACGUAGGUCUUCGGCAGAGCGUAGGGGACUAGAUGGUACAUAUUUGUGUAUUAAGGAGGAUAGAUAGGUGGGAGUAGCAUUAUGUAGAGAUUUGAAAGCAAGAACCAGAAUUUUAUUUUGAGCCCUAUAUCUUACAGAAAGCGGAUUGGAGUAGUCAAGGCGAGAGAGGACAGUGGCAUGGACUAGAAACUUAGCUGCAUGUGGCGUUAAGUAGGGUCGGAUGCGCACAAUGUUUUUGAGAUGGAAGUGGCAGGAUUUGGUGAUCGACUGGACAUGAGGGUUGAAGGAGAGGUCGAAGUCAAAGAGAACACCUAGGCAGCGAGCUUGCGUGGUGGAGCUGAUGGUAGAACUAUUAACGUGGAGGGAGACAGAGAUGGGAGUAGCAACACUUGAGGGAGGAAAGACCAGAAGUUCAGUUUUGGACAAGUUGAGUUUAAGGAAGUGGGCAGCCAUUCAGUUAGAAAUAGCAGAGAUGCAGUCAGAGACACUAGUCAAGAGAGGCAGGGAGAGAUCAGGGGAGGUGAUAUUGGAAGCCAAAGGAGCUGAUGAGUUUACCAAGGGAGGCAGUAUAGAUCGAGAACAGUAGGGGACCAAGGACUGAACCUUGGGGGACACCAACAGAGAGAGGUUGGGAUGAAGAGGCAGAGCCAGAGAAAGAAACACUAAAAGAGUGCUGCGUGAGGUAGGAGCACCAGGAGAGAGCAGUAUCUCGUAGACCGAGAUUAGAGGAUGAGAAGAAGCUGUUGAUGAUCAGUAUCAAAAGCAGCGGAAAGGUAAAUGAGCAUUAGGAUAGAGUAGUGACCAUGAGAUUUUGCAGCAAGUAGCUCAUUUGAUACUUUGGUCAGAGACUCUUCCACAGACUGAAGUGGAAACCAGACUGAAGUUAGUCGAGCAGAGAAUUGGACUAGAGGAAGUCUGUCAAUCUCACAUACACAAGUCUUUCAAGGAUUUUGGACUCAAAAGGUACUAGCGAGAUAGGGCAGUAGUUGGACAGGGAGUUAGGGUCAAGGUUGGGUUUUUUUAGAAUCGGGGUUACAAUGCCAUGUUUGAAGGGUAAUGGGAAUAUGCCAAAUGAGAGGGAGAGAUUGAGAGUUUUAGUGAGCAGCAAAGUAAGAGACAGAGUAUGGAUGAGAUAUGUGGGAAUAGGAUCUAGGGAGCAGGUGGUGGGGUGGGUGCGAAAGCAAAAUAGAACAGCAGAGGAGGUGAAGUUAGGGGAAGUAUUGUAAUGGGAAGGAGAGAGAUGAGAGAUCGCUUCCCUGAUUGUAGAGAUCUUAUCAGUGAAGUGAGUUGCAAAGUUUGUGGUGGUUAAGUCGUUAGGAGGAGGAGCAACAAGGCGAAGAAGAGAGUUAAAAGUGUGAAAUAGUCGUUUGGGUUCACGGGAGAGUGUGGUUCUGAGGGUAUUUAAGUAAUUUACUUUUGCAGAGGUAAGAGCCAAGCUGUAUGAAUGCAGCAUAAAUUUAUAGUGGAGAAAGUCAGAUGCGGAAUAAGAUGUUCUCCAGCAGCGUUCAACAGUUAUGGAGCAUUUUUGGAGGUAUCGAGUCAGGGAUGAUAUAGCAGGGUAUUACAACAAUAAUAUAACUUUUUGGCUCCCAAGUUAUUUAAAUGUCUGCGACACAAGAUGCCAUAUAAUCACUUUUCAAUACCAGCCCCCAAUUUUCCUACAACCAAUGAAUAAAUGUUUUUUGUAGCAGACUUAAAAUUUGGAUUAUUUUAUUUUUUCAACUUUACACAUUGUAUUGUUUUGUCCUUAUAUUACGUAGGGUAAUCAAUGCUUCAGAUAAAUUGUACAUCAUAUUUUCAUUGAUGUAACAUUCACACCUUUGUGGAGGGGGCUUUAGGUGGGAUGUCGUCAGUUGAUGAGGACAUUGUUAUGUAUUUUGUGAGGUCCACGGUGCUGUGAAUGUUGUGAUAUCAAUAUAACUAAAUAUUUGUCUUGCUAUGCCUUAUAAGCCUGCCGUACCGAGCUCGCUUAGCCAUUUUUCUUCAUUAUCAAUACCGCUUUAGUGGCUUUCUGGCCUUGUCUGAUGCCCUCCUAAAUCUAUCUUAUUCCUGAAAUAAAUGAGGCAGCUCGCAAACCCCUCCCAGGCCAAAACCGAGAGGCUGCUAUAAUCACAUGAAUCCGCACAGCUCUCCCAUGCCAUGCAGAGAGUAAUUAAUUACUUUAUUAAAAGGUUUCUGUCAGCAGAAGAGAAUAUAAACAUUUCAUUAGUCAUUAAAACACAAAAACUUACAUCUGAUCUAAAUAUUUCCUACUGUCUUUCAGCACUUUGACAUAUAUAACAACACAUUCUCUGCCUCUCCUGCUAAAAAUGUAUUUUCCAAGCAUGUAUCUGGCUUUCCAUGCCGAUUGGCAGAUUAUUUUCUUUAUCUAAUUAGAUUCUUGUAACUUUAUAUAAGCAGGGAAGGAGAUACAAUGUUGACUUUAGAUCCCUGACCUCAAUGACUGCCGCAGUAAGUAAUUUCAAACCACAUUGUAAACGACGCUCAGUCGGUUUAAUAAUGUUAGUACAAUACGUAGACAGCAUUAUGCACCUAUUGAUUAAUGCUGCGGGGGUUGGUAAGAGAAUCUCAAUCCAUCUUUAUUUCCAGCCAAACUCAUUGAUGAUGUCAUACUCUGCUUGAGGAUAGUGGUUUUUUUGGUAAUUAGUGAGAGCUCUUUAAACGGUUUGUAAGAUCCAUUGAAUAACGGCGGGGACAGGGGGAGGGGAGACUUUAUAAAUAGCCCACAAUUUACAAGAUAUGUGAUGUAAAGUUAAUUCAUCUGAUAAAACGGAUUAGAUAAUAUAAUAUAUACAGAUAUUAGGAUAUCACCCCCCCACCCCAGCUACUACGCUGCCUCUAUGCCAACCGCGGGAAUAUUGAAUUAAAGGCUGGGUACCCCUUAUUCUUAACCCUUUCUCUGUCAAGCAAACUGUGCUAUUAACAUAGCUAUUCAUGCCAAGCUUCAAAUAUGCUGACACACAAACAUAUGAUAAAGCAGCGUUAUAUUUUUCAUCCUUUAUAGGAACAUUUAGGGAAUUCAAGAUUUAAAUAGUAUACAGUGUCCCAUAAAUCGCUAAAUUUUCAACAGUGUCUGAAAUACUAGGUAAAAGCAAAAAAUACUCUCUCACCGUAGGUAUGAAUAAAAUUGACAAACAUACCUUGCUUAUAGGUAUUUGUAAGGACAAGGCAGAACUGCCUACUACAAUGGCAAUAGAAUGUAAAAACAAUGUGUGCAUCCAAGCAAAAAGCCAAAAUACAGUAAAUACAGUGAAAUUAUAUUAUAUUAUAAAAGGUAUUUAAAGUUUUAUAGUAAUUUCUGAAAUACUAAACGGCAUAAGAGGCAUAUGAGAGAACUCAUUCACUCCUCCUCUCUCCUUGACUGUUGGAAUGCCUUGUGGACAACUAAAUCCUGCAACUUCCCUUAGAAGUAGCAAUUGCCUUUAACAAUUAUUUUGUCAGAUGCUCCACCACUCUGAUUGCCAAGCUAAUAAAUGACGCACAUCCUGAAACUACAAAUGUGGAUCAGGCCCCACUAAUUUUGCAAAGACCCAAUAGAGACAAGUUCGAUUUUAGACCUGUAGCUAUUAGUGUCAUUAAGAAACACCUUAAUAAUCUAAAAAUGAAAAACCAUCGAUAUAUAUAAUGUAUUAAAAUGAGAGGUUAAUUCAGCACAGAGUGUUCCGUUAACGAUGACUUUGAAGGUACAUACAGUGUAUUAUCACACCAUUAUUUACAGCUGAUACUUGGAAACUCUAGGCCAGGCAUAGGCAACCUUCUAGGCCAGGCAUAGGCAACCUUCGGCACUCCAGAUGUUUUGGACUACACCUCCCAUGAUGCUUUUGCAUUAUGGGGAUGUAGUCCAGAACAUCUGGAGUGCCGAAGGUUGCCUACCCCUGCUCUAGGCCAAUCAGGUGAGACUGUUCGAAUUUAUUUGUUUGGUCACUUAAUCCACCUUGUUUACAGAUGGUCAAAUUCUUAACAUGUACAUCUUAAUGAAGUGGUUUUGGUGGAUGUCCCCUGUCCUGCCAGUCUAGCAAUGUAUAACACUGCCAUUUCAUAAAAACAGAAAUGUUUACAUUUGGCCAUAGACAGUCCACUAGUGACUGCCAUAUUUAAAGAUAUUUAUUUAUAUAUAUAUAUACUUAAAGGACCACUAUAGUGCCAGGAAAACAUACUCGUUUUCCUGGCACUAUAGUGUCCUGAGGGUGCCCCAACCCUCAGGGUCCCCCUCCCGCCCGGCUCUGGAAAGGGGAAAGGGGUAAAAACUUACCUUUUUCCAGCGCUGGGCGGAGAGCUCUCUGCCUCCUCUCCUCCUCCGAUCUGCCCUGUUGGCUGAAUGCGCACGCGCGGCAAGAGCUGCGCGCACAUUCAGCCGGUCACAUAGGAAAGCAUUCUCAAUGCUUUCCUAUGGACGCUGGCGUGCUCUCACUGUGAAAAUCACAGUGGGAAGCACGCAAGCGCCUCUAGUGGCUGUCAAUGAGACAGCCACUAGAGGGAAUGGGGGAAGGCUUAACCCAUUGAUAAACAUAGCAGUUUCUCUGAAACUGCUAUGUUUAUGAAAAAAUGGGUUAACCCUAGAAGGACCUGGCACCCAGACCACUUCAUUAAGCUGAAGUGGUCUGGGUGCCUAGAGUGGUCCUUUAAUGUAUUUACUCAAUUCUAAUGCGCAUCUCAAUUUUUGAAACCCGGAAGUUGAAAAAUGUUUUUGCUGGCGAAUGUAAUGCGCAUUUAUACAAGAAGAUACUACCAUACAACAUUGUGCUACAUUUAAAAUGUUUAUUGCCAUAUACCAUAAGUAAAUUGAUGGUAUUUCAAUUUUACACCCUGUUCCAAAUUAUUAUUGCAAAUUCUAUUUAAGUGUCACAAAGAUUAAAUAUUUUGGUUUUCAGUUUAACUCAGGAUGGCAUUGUGUCUCAGGGCUGUUUUGAUCACUGAAAACAAUCUCGGUCACCUGUGAUAAUUAGAUUGCCAGGUGAGCCCAAUUUAAGGAAAAACUACUAAAGGAGGGUGUACUACAUUAUUAAGCAGAGCACCAUUUUCAUGCAAUAUGGGGAAGAAAAAGGAUCUCUCUGCUGCCGAAAAGAGUGAAAUAGUUCAAUGCCUUGAAAGAGGUAUGAAAACAUUAGAUAUUUCACGAAAACGUAAGCGUGAUCAUCGCACUAUUAAGCAAUUUGUGGCUAAUUCAGAGCACAGACGAGUUUGUGCAGAUAAAGGUACAUUGAGGAAGAUUUCUGCCAGAUCCAUGCAUCAUAUCAAGAGAGCAGCUGCUAAAAUACCAUUACAUAGCAGCAAACAGAUAUUUGAAGCUGCUGGUGCCUCUGGAGUCCCACGGACAUCAAGAUGUAAAGUCCUCCAGAGUCUUGCAACUGUGCAUAAACCUUCUAUUCAGCCACCACUAACCAAUGCUCACAAGCAGAAAUGGCUGCAUUGGGCAGAAAAAUACAUGAAGACUAAUUUUCAAACAGUCCUUUUCACUGAUAAGUGCCGUGCAACCCUGGAUGGUCCAGAUGGAUGGAGUAGUGGAUGGUUGGUGGACGGCCACGCUGUUCCAACAAGGCUGCGACGUCAGCAAGGCGAUAGUGGAGUCAUGUUUUGGGCCGGAAUCAUGGGAAGAGAGCUGGUCGGCCCCUUUAGGGUCCCCGAAGGUGUAAAGAUGACCUCUGCAAAGUAUGUGGAGUUUCUGACUGACCACUUUCUUCCCUGGUACAGAAGGAAGAACUAUGCUUUUGUAAUAAAAUCAUCUUCAUGCAUGACAAUGCACCAUCUCAUGCUGCAAAGAAUACCUCUGCAUCAAUGGCUGCUAUGGGGAUAAAAGGAGAGAAAGUCAUGGUGUGGCCUCCAUCCUCCCCUGACCUCAAUCCUAUUGAGAACCUUUGGAGCAUCCUCAAGCAAAAGAUCUAUGAGGGUGGGAGGCAGUUUACAUCCAAACAGCAGCUCUGGGAGGCUAUUUUGACAUCUUGCAAACACAUUCAAGCAAAAACUGUCCAAAAACUCACAAGUUCAAUGGAUGCAGGACUUGUGAAGCUGCUAUCAAAUAAGGGGUCAUAUGUUAAAAUGUAACGUGACCUGUUAAAAUGUUUAAAAAGUUAAAAUGUUGUUAUAAGUUUGAUUGAAAUUGCUUUUGAUUUCAGUAAAUAUGCUGCAAACACAACAAAUUACAAUUUUCAGUUCUUUACAUAAUUUGGAACAGUGCAUUGUAAGUUUGUUAUGUUUAAAACAAAUACUGUUAUCAUUUGGAGGUUUAUUCGAAUACAAUUUGAAUUGUACUCUUAAUAGUUGAUAACAUGAGAAUUUUGCUGACUGUUAUUUACAUCAAUUAUUUAGGUACAUGAGAAAAAUAUAAUUUGCAUAAUAAUUUGGAACAGGGUGUAGUGUUACAUGAUAACUCUAUUCUUUCUUAAGCCCUCUUUCAGGUACGAAAUUUCCCUGUAUAAAGUCACCAGUUUGAAUUAGUCUGUUUGAAUUAGUCUGAAAUUGUCUGUUUGAAUUCAUUUGUUUGAAUUUGCCACUGUGAAUUCCCUCAAUAAUGUUUCAUUUUACCCCGAAUGUAAUGCUCAAUCGAAUUGAAUCCACAUUCAAAUAUUGGUAACUUUAUUUUCCAAAAAAGGUGCUCAUUAGAUUUGAGUAAAUACGGUAUAAAUAAUCUUCACAUUGUAAAUGCCCCUAAUAAAGAAGCAUUAGGUUCAGUUCUUCUCUGUCAGAAGGUUUUGAUUGGCUGAGUGUGGCCAUUGCUCUAUGAGAAGCCUCUGUUUUUAUCGGGGAGACUCGCGUUUCUUUUUGAUUUAUGUCUCUUCUCUUUUUGUUUUCGCCUAACUUUUUUUUUUCUUCUACUGAUUUCCAUUUGUUAGUUAUUUCAUGUUUUUUAUAUUUGCUCCGCAGUUACUGGUAGCGACUUAUAUCCAAAACUGUAGGAGAGGGCGACCUGUGACAACACAGCUCUAAAUCAGGAUGACUUUAUCGUUAACGUUCCAUGUAGUGACUGUGUUAUGUGUUUUAUAUUUACGCCUACUUUGAACUCGUACAUAUAUUUGCUUUGUAGUUUACUGGCACUAUUCGACUGUUUGUCUUCUACUUGCUUCAUUGUACUCGCUUUAUCUUUUAAUAAAACCCCUUAGAAAAAGGUAAAAAUAGAGAAGACCAUGAAUCUAAAUAAAAACAUAGGUGCAAAAUAAAUAUAUUUAUUUUUAUCCUUCAAGUGUUUCCAGCACGGCAUACAAUAAUUCAGAGAGCCAUUAUGGUUUGAGGUUAUGAGAGCAUUUUCUUGACGCAUAUAAAUUCUUGUGAAGUCUCCCAAGCUGUUAUCCAGACUCUUAAAAUUCGCUUUUAUGAUGAAAACUAAAAAACUGACACUCACAUAAGUAAAUUGGCACUUUUCCCCACUUCACUGAGAGAUUUUCUCUACUUCACUGAGAGAUUUUCAUUUUCAGAUGUAGUCAGUAGCAGAGAACUAUGACCGUCCUCACUUUUGAUUGUGUAUAAACAUAGAGGCUCUCAGUACAGUCAGAGGUUGAAUCAGCUUGUGUGCUUCACGCUGAAGUAUACAAUUUCUGAGAAAAUUAUUAAUAAUUUAUUAAAAAGCAAAAGCAAAAAAAAAAGGAUCUCAGCACCUAUACUAUUAUAACGAUAGUGCAUUUAGUGUGAAAAUAUAUUUAAACAUAAAGUGACAUCCUUUGAAAGUAUUCAUCAGUGCAUUUCACUAACUUCAUGUUGGCAAAAGGAAUUCUCAAACUGAUAAAUUAUUAUCUUUUUAAUUGUUUUUUUUUUUUUACUAGAUGUUCUUUAAACUCUCUUUUCAGCACUGAAAUGGUUAACAUCCGUUACACUCCCAUUUAUUUGCACUUCAAUGGAGUCUCCCCUCUAAAAGGUUUGAUCCACCUACUGUGAUGUCAUCAUUACUGAUUUCUUGAGUCCAAUCAGAUGCAUCACAGAGAGAAGCAUUGGCACACAGCAACAAUGCAUUCUAUACAGUUCAAACCGAGUAAGACAUGAAACCCUCCGACUGUCUACUUGACAGCCAGGAGGUGUUAGUAAGUGGAUUUAUUAAAGUGACAUUUUCUCUUGAAAACCUGCAUUUUAUCAAAAUAAGCCUGCAGGAACAUGCAGUCUUUUAAAGCUGGACACCAAACUGCAGAGAAAUGGAAAUCGAAUUUCAGAAGAACCAAGGUGGAAUUAUAUAUCCUGCAUUUUGCAAAUCUGUUUUCAAUUUGCUACAAUUCAUUCUUUUGUGAAUUAAAAAAAAAAAAUACUAAAUUUGAUUCUAGAUUAAUUAAAAAUCUUAAACAAAAGUGUUUAUGAAAUAUUUCCAAUAUAAACGACGUGAAUAUUUUUUAGAGUCUAAUUUGCGCUUUGACUUUUUUCUUUAAUCCAAUUUACAGGCCUUUCAUUAUUUUUAUAUAAUCCUAUUAUAAUGUUAUAAUGUAUAUUUAGAAUGAUGGGUUUAUGAGCCUAGAUAAGAAAGAUAAGAUAAGGCGCUAUAUCUUUCCACUGAUUUUUCAAUGAAAAAAAUGUUUUUUUUUAAUUUUUAAUCAGUCUCUCAACCAAAGAAAAAUACAUUAUAAUGUUGCCACAAAGUCUUUUUUUUAAUUUAUUUAAAAAAUAAACAUUUAUAUUAUAUAUUUUUGCUGUGCAAAUGAUAAAAAAAAUAAGCUUGUGAUUCCACAACAGCAGGUCCAGGCAUAGGAAUAACAGAGAGUGUGAAAUAUUAACAUGGUAUUCAGAGACACGGCACAAUUUUUAGUAUUAAUAAAGUAGAUGUUGUAUGGAGCAGAGAUGUGAAGGAUCAUAAGAAAAGACAGCCAAGGCAUGUUGCUGCACACACAAACACAUGAGACAAAAUGCCACUGGGUUGUAGAAUAAAAGAUCAGUAUCUUGGUGUCGCCGGGAUGUUGAGUUGGCCAGGGGAAAAGAUGGAAUUAAAGUAUAUAAACCAAAGAAACGUAAAUCAUGCAUGUGAUCACUGGAAAGGUGAGUAGGUAAGCCACAGCUCAGGGACAAAUUCAUUUCUAUUUUAAAAACUAAUUUGAAAAUAUAACAAAAAUAAUAAAUAAAAAAAUAAAAAUCAAUAAAGUAAAAAUAAUUGUGUUUUAAUUCAAAAUACAUGUUUUUUUUAACUAUUCUAGAAGAAGCCAAAAGUGUAUAUGUGUCUAUAAGAGCAAGCUACUGAGUUUCUCUAACGUUUUUUUUCGUUCCAAUAUUCUUUGUUUUUGUUGCAAUGCAUUAACUUGGCUCUCCCCAAGUUCAAAGAGUAAUCCGGACGUAGACCCCGCGCUCUCUGUGUCUAGAGGGGUAUCAGCUACACCUCACUGACGAGGCCCAAAGAAGACCAAAAUGAUCAUCUGGGGCUGCUGUAUCUCUCUUACAGAGAGAGCUUGCUGGCAUUUCGCUUCUGGCCUGCCCGUACGGGUAGGAUCAGUCUGAUUAAAAAAUAAAAAAAAAUAGUGAGCAAAAACUAUGUUUGAGACCUAAAUGGGGAUUUACUGAAGGGCAAGCUAUUGAUUUUCUAAUAUAUUAUAUUAUAUAAAGAUUACAGUUUAUAAGGUAAGAUAUUUAUAAGCUACAGCUAAACAUGUUUUAGUGGCUAAUUUUUAGCUUCAGUUACUGCUCUCAAAAUAAUUUUAUUGAUUUAAUCUUUCAGAUUAUCCACAAAUCAUCCGCUCGCGUGACACUAAUAUGCCAAUUAUUUACACCACAUUCUGUGCUCAGACCUUGAGCAGGAAAAAAUAAACUCAUUUCUCAAUGUAUUUCAUUCCCAGAGCUGUCCUCAGAUAUUCAGUAUCUCCUCAGUAAAGGAAAAUAAAACCAUUGAAAAUUAUAAAUGAGCAGAUCAACAUCCUGGCAUGCAGGAUGACUGCAACUGAUAAAAAGAUACUCUGUUACUAUUAAUAAAUGUGUCAUUUUCUAGCCACAAAAUGAAUAUAUUGGCUCAGGUUAAUAUAAAAAAAUGGUUAUUAAGCUUGUGCGCCAUCUAUGGGCUGUAUGAUAAAAUGCAGGCACAGAUGUACUAAAUGUGAUUCUAUUAAUCAUUUCUGGACAGAGACAUGUUGGGAGAUUAAACACUGAAGGGAAACAUCUGAUAGGGUAAAAAAGCAGCCUAUAUCUGUGCUGGUCUGCCAAUCAGCUGCGUCUGCUCAUUGAACAUCGUAAGAGGUUACCAGGGAUAUUAAUAUAAAUUAUUUAACUUUUAUUAUUAUUUUUUUAAACACAUCCUGGGGUCUCAACGAUUUAUAAUCACAGAAAUUAAUGCUGCUCGUUACAUCCUGGGAGGGAUGAAAGAUGAGUUAAUCCUAUCAGGAACUGAUUCUGGAGUUUAAGAAGAAAUCGAAAAGCUGCAGCUGGAGCAUUAACCACUGAACUAUCUCACCUGGAUAAGAAGAACACAUCUGAUCUAGCCUUACUGAUUAAAUCGAUGUGCAGCUUCUCAUUGAUGUGCCAUUGACGGCCACAAAUAUCUUCCAAAAUGUAAAUUAAAAUGUAGCAAAUUCAAAUACCAUUAUCCAACAACAAAAAUAAAAUAGGCGCUCACUAAAAACUAAUACAAAAUAAGGUAGAGGUGGGCUGCAGCCACUAAUACAAGGAUUCCCAACCUUGUGAGUGGUAAAACAAAUAAACAAAAAGAAAGAAACCGUGCCCAAAGAGUACGUAUGAAAUAAUAUACGUACACAAAUACAUAUGGAUGAUAUACACUUUGAACCUCAAGAGAAGCAGAGAUAAAAAUAAUAGUGCAAUACAAUUUGUGCAAAAUGACAAGUGGCGUGUGAUCUGGGGUGAUUGCACUCACAUUUGUUUGAGCUAUAUCAUAGCUCAGCUGUAUCAGCGCCUGGACGGAACAAUCCCCGUCUAAGGAUAUGGGUAGGUGCAGAUAUCCAAAAGGCUCAGAUGGAUAGCAAUAUGCAAGACAAAAAACGUGCUCCACUGGUGAAAUAAAUAUGAUUAUGAUUAUUCUGAAGAAGCCUUUGAAGAGGCGAAACGCGUAAAGUGGACCCUUGAAGCUUAUUUUUAUUGUUCUUAUUGUUUUAUAUGUUUGGUAAAUAAAUAGUGUAUUUUAUUCAUAUUUACACUUUUUUUAAUUUACCCAAAACUUCAUUUCCUGGUUCCAGCAUAUCCUUUGGUGGGGAUUAUACCACCAAUGCCAUAUAUACUAGAGCAAGUUCUGCUCUAGUAAAUGUGAGCACAACAUCCUUCUCUAUUUUAUUUAUAUUUAAUCAUAUUCAUUUCACCAUUGGAGCACGUUUUUUGUCAGAUAUCCAAAAGGCUCAGAUGUAUAUCUGCACCUACCUAUAUCCUUAGACGGGGAUUGUUCCGUCUAGGCGCUGAUGCAGCUGAGCUCUGAUAUAGCUCAAACAAAUGUGAGUGCAAUCACCACAGAUCACACGCCACUUGUCAUUUUGCACAAAUUGUAUUGCACUAUUAUUUUUAUCUCUGCUUCUCUUGAGGUUCAAAGUGUAUAUCAUCCAUAUAUAUUUGUGUACGUAUAUUAUUUCAUACAUACUCUUUGGGCACGGUUUCUUUCUUUUUGUUUAUUUGAAAUGCCAUUAUCCAACUAAUGGUGCAUAGUGAGAUUAGUUGUAUGAGGAGAAUUAACUCAUCUAAAGUUGCACCAACACCUAAGAAUAGUUAGCUCAACUGGGAUAUAUAAUGCUUAACCAAGGUGUUCGAGGGGGAGGAAGAUAGUAUACUUUAGUGUUCAUAUGCUCUGAAGACUAGUUUAAAUGCCUUACAUACUUAUAUCCAUAGUCUAAUAAGUGCUAAAGUAUCAUGUAUAACAUAAUCAUUAAGGAAAAAUAAUGUGCAAUAAAGCAGACUUAUAAAACAGACAGUGCUCAAUUCACUGACUUUGAUCCCUCUCUUCCUCUUGGGACAAGUGGGGUUACAUUGCUGGGGCAGAAGAUAACAAGGAUUCCAAAAACCUGUGGAAGCCCACUGCCUUGAAGAAGGUUGUGGCCUCAGAUGGAGAGGAUAGCAAAAUGGAGCCAUCCUUGUCAACUGUCCAGGACCUUGGUGCAGACCAUUGGUUUUCCACCUCUGCUUCUCGGAGCUAGAGAGUGCCUGAAAGAUCGCCUUUACUGCAGUGUGGAUCUGUGCAGGUCUCAGAAAAAGGUAAGAUUAGAAGAUUCCAUGAUCUAAAGUGUUUAACUAGACAUGAUUCGGCUUUCAUUGGAGAGUGAUUGACACAGAACAAUUACAUCGCAGGAAGCCUAUGAGGGAACAUUUGGAGAUUUGUUGAUGCGAUAAAACCCAUCAAACACUAAUUUUUUGGUGUGCGAUAGAAGAUGCGUGGUGAAGUACCUUAGAUAAUGAAGUAAUUCCUCAGAUGAGAUGAAGUCCGGUAUGCCCUGUAUUUUUAUAUUGGCCCGCUGGCUGCAAUCAUAAAAACAAAUCCACCCGCCGGGCAAAGGCAGUCUGUGAUACCUUGACCUGCUGUACAGAUUCUCACAUAGUGGAAUUGGGCAGUGAAACUUCAGAGACAUGAUCUAUACACCAAAACUGCUUUAUUAAUCUAACAUUGUUUUGCUGUUGAUAGUGUCCUUUUAAGAUUUAAGGAGUGUCUGCUUCCAAGAUGCCAUGUACCAUAGGUAGUUCUUUUCAGCCAGGUAAAAAACCUAAUUGAGAAUGGUAGGACUUACAAUCAAUAUCUUCCUAUUCCCAGAUCACUACAGAUUACUGCUCCCUGGAUUUCAGUUAGAAUAGUUACAUAUAGUUGGCAUCAUUGGUCGCCUAGUAACCCCUGCCUCAUUGCCGGACCACCAAGGGCAGAGAGGUGCUGGGUAUCCAUAAAGGAAUUGACUUGAUUUUGUGUUUUAGUCAAGUUGAUCUUUUCAUGGUAGCAGUCAAUCUGUCGGUGUGAUUGGAUUACAGAAGCCUCAUGAUAAUGCAAUUCAACAGUGCUGGUAUGUCUCUGCUGGAGACAGUUUCUGCAAAGAUCUCAGAAUGUGGAUAGACUUUGCCCUCUCAUUUGGACUUCAUAUUGAUCAACUAUCAUCUACACUGUUGUUUUAGUGUGGAUUUCCACAUUGGUCUGUCCAACAUUGGGCUGCAAUGAAAAACUAAGUGUUUAUUUGCCCAUUUAGCUUUAACUUAUCUAAAUUCAAUCUAAAUAAUUUGCUGAUAUUUAAUGAUGAGUAGACCUUGUGCCAUGAAGUACUUUUUGUUUAGUCACCACUGGGUUAAAGGAUGUCUGUUGUACACUUUCGUACAACAGUCUGCACAAUAUAUCUCUUACCAGCCUCAGAGCAGUUUAUAUUCAUCUAUGUGCGCAAAUAAAGCAUUUUCACUUCUGUCCAAGGGCAACGACAAUCACUAAACAUUAACAACCUUGUUUUGAGAAUUUACAUUGCGUAACAAAUGUAUUCUUCAAUUGUAAAAUUACUAAAAACCGGGGCUGAUUAUGAAACCUGUUCUUUUCAUUCUACUAAAUUAAAUAUAUAAAAAAAUCAAAAUAGUACAUUAUGAUGACUGUUUCCAGUAGUUUUCAGGCUAUGAUAAAACAAUGUAGACUAGACCACCAAUUUUUUUUUCCUUCUCAGAAUUGGCUCUUUUACAGUUCUGGUGAAAAGGGACGUGACCUAGGAUCAAAAAAACACUACAUAAAGAUGUAGUGGUUAUGGUGUUUAGAGUGGACCUUUAAAGGGACACAACCCGCAGUACUGGUUAUAAUGCCAGGAUUUCCCUUGCCUGAUUUCCCAUUAAGCAUCUGUUUUCCCCCUUACAUGGGUCCCGGCCAGGCUCAGAUGAUCACUGGUGGUCUGGUGAGGUUAUCAUUAAUUGCCUGGAGUGUCAGCUAAUUCUUUUCAUCGAAUGACUGCAAAUCUGCGUUCAGUGCCUGGAAGCUAUAGGGACAGUUUAUCUGUAUGACCUGUUAGCUGGGUUCAUUUUUUUAUAAUUCGGGGAGGAGGUGAGUAUAUUAUAAUUCAGGCAUAUGUUCCAAAUGCAAUGAAUGGAGUUAGAUAUCGGUCAACGAAUGUUUAAUGAUUGAAUGGAUUUAAUAUGGACUAUUUACACAUUAAUACUGUCUUUCUUCCAUGAUGAAAAAUUCUAAGUGAACGUCACCCAAAUGUGUUGUGCGAGUGGCUCUGUUCUUAGCGGAUUUCAUUGUUUACAGAAUAAAACUCACAUUUAAAAAAAUUAUAUAUUUAUUUUAUUUGUGCAGUAGAUGACGUUCGUGCCUGUCAUGCCACAAUAGCGAUGGCGAGCAUUACCAAUAACAAACAAAUACAUGGAACUCUUGCACAUUUUUAAAACUAUAAUACACAAGUACUAAGCUUCAUAGUUCGGUCUGGAGCUCUGGACUAAGCAUGUUAUAGUGUUCUAGCCCAACGUGUGUUAAGCAGGUCUAUGUAUGCACUGAGCAAUAGGCUGCUAGAGGUAUUGGAGGGUACAAGCUCUUGCUCUACCGCUUGAUUGCGGAGCUGGAAUUAUUCGUUUCAUAGAGAGUCAUCCCACAGUGUGGGCGACACAGAUUGGAGCCCUGCUUGUCGGGACUAGCAUGGUGUUUUAAUUUGGACUGUCACUAUACAUGGUAUGCUGUUAGUGUGCUAUUUGCUGCUAAAUUCGAUGGUUGGGUGCGUGUAAGCCUGUUGGACUAUUUGAAAGGGUCCCCACUGAAAAACUCCCAUUUUUACCCCAACCCUAGAAGCAUACAUUAUUCCGAUCCUGCCAUUCUUAAUGUUGAUAUCAAUUACACGUGAAGCUGGUUCUAGACAGGAUAUUUCAAUGGAUAUGAUGUAUUAAAAUAAAUAAUAAAUAACAAUAAUUUAAAAAGUGUGUGUGGGGCUGGUGAAUUUAGUUUAUUAAAUCAAUCCUUAAUUUUUCUUUGUAUUGCAACAGAUCAGAAUGUUUAAUAUAUUUUCUCUCUUGCUGCAGGUGUCCUUUGGCUUUCCAUUGUAGCUGAAGUGCUGUAUAUCACAUUACUUUUAACCGGAGUGAGCCUUAUGUCAGUUGAAGUAUGUUACUACACCUCGGUCAUUGAUGGGUUAAAGCUCAACGCCUUUGCAGCAAUUUUCACUGUGUUAUCAGGUAAAUAUUCUUCGGUAGAUAUAGCUCUUUACUAGGCAGUUGGUUAGAAUUAAAGGGAAACUCCAGUGCGAGGAAAACAAUCAAUUUUCCUGGCACUGCAGGUCCCCUCUCCCUCCCACCUCCCAAUCCCCGGUUGCUGAAGGGGUAAACGCUCUAGCACAGGUUUCCUGUGCUAUGAUCCAGGAAGUGCCCUGUCUACUAGACAGCCACUAGAGGAGGAGUUAAUCCUGCAAGGUAAUUAUUGCAGUUUAUAAAAAACUGCAAUAAUUACACUUGCAGGGUUAAGGUUAGUGGGAGUUGGCACCCAGACCACUCCAAUGGGCAGAAGUGGUCUGGGUGCCUGGAGUGUUCCUUUAACCAUCCUUUCUCUGUCCUUGAUAACAUGCGUAUAGUUUAUUGUUUAAACACUCCUGAAGUUUAGAGAACAUAUUCCUAAGGACAGUGGUUAUGGUUUUAGCUCAUGAAUAUUUAUUAUUUAAAUCUUGAUUUUUAUGUUAAUCUGUGGAGCGCUCAGUCAGACUGCCUAUGGCCUAGAUAUCCAGUUUAGGGUGUGGGGGUCCCUCCUCAAGACAGCAGGGAAAGCAAACGAUCUCCCUGCUGUGUCCUGUGUUCCCUCACUUUGCUGAGGGAGCAUUGUGGUAUGUACCAAUAUCAAGUACAGACCACUUUAACUUCACCCUGGAAGGUACCUUUAAAAAUAGGUGACACUUUUAUUCUACAUUGUCCUUUCAGCCAAUGUCCCAAAAAUUCAGUCAGAGUCCUAUUUCUUUACACAUUUUCAGCAUUAAAUUUCCCUAGCCAUGGCAAACCUGCAGAUUUUUACAGCUAGCCAAUAGAACAAUAGUCGGCUUCAACUCCAAGCAGAAAAAAACGGAUUUAAAGGGACGCUCCAAAUCCCUAACUUUCUGACUAGACGUUCUUCAGCGUUUAAACGUUCUAUGAGGAAGAUUUAGUUCCUCAUAGAGAUGCAUUGAUUCGAUACAUCUCUAUGAGGGGAUGCGGACUGGCGCGACGCAGCGUUUCACCGUGCACGCACAACAGCCUUCCAAUUCUUUCCUGUAGGAAAGCAUUGGAUUAGCUGAGAUUGAUAACGUUGAUGAUCUCAGCCAAGGAGGCGGAGUGGGGCAGGGCCAGCCGCAAAGAGACUCGUGCUGCGCUGCGCUAGUGGAGUUCGGUGACUCAACAUGUUUUAACACUAUAGUGUCAGGAAUACACGUUUGUAUUUCUGACACUAUAGUGUUCCUUUAAGCUGGUUACACCACCUGUGACUGUCAAUCAAGCAACCAGUCCUGUUACUUCCUGGUUUGUUUAGCUCAGUGGAGCUAAACUCAAGAGGCAGCAAUUGCCCAGAGCACCUGCCUUGCAAAGACUUCUCAUUGAGCUGCAUUGGGAAAUCUGUGGACAGCCACAGAAAAGGCUUCAGAUGAGAAAUCUUUUAGAUAUACCCCCAAUGAUAAAAUGAUAGUUAUAUCUACUAAAUAGGGAUUAUUAUUUUUGUAUUUGGGCAGUGGAGUGUCUCUUUAAGGCUUAGUAGUAGAAAUGAGAUGAUUCAUUAUUACAACCUGUAACCUUAAAGCUCCCCAUAUUUGUUUAUCUGAUGAUAGUUUUUUUUUAGCGUUAAAUAAAAGUUAUUUUUUUGUCUUAUUUUAGUGGCUUUUAUUAAUUUGUAAUAUUUAAUACACUGCUGUGUAUUUGGUGGAUAUAGUGCCACCUAGUGGGAGCAUUGCAGUAUUUAAUAUCAACCUGCAGUGCUAACUGUUCGACUGUUCAAUGCCAUUUAUAGACAAGGAUUACUGAAAUGUCAUUCAUCUUUGUAAAUAGUAGAACCAUAAAACACAUCUUGAGCAGAUGAACGUUCUGGUUGAGUACAUCAAUCUGCUUUAAAUCACUGUUCAUUUUCUACGUAGAAUAUUAACAAAUGUGUCAAAUAUCAGUAAGUUAUAUUUGUCUUUGUUUAAAUUUCCCUAAGUUAGUGUAAAUGUCAUAUUUUUAUUUAUGUCUUUGGAACAUUUGUUCAAGUGUGUUUAAGAGUCAUAUGAGCUCAUCACAUUGUUUUGGGAUUUGUUAUUGCACCUUUAUUUGGGAAUGAACCUAGAGUACCUUAUAGAGCAACCAUUGGCACCCCAAAUGUUUUGGACUACAUUUCCCAUGAUUCUUUGCCGGCAUUAUGGCGGUAAACGCAUCAUGGGAGCUGAAGUCCACACUAUCUGGAGUGUCGAGGGUUGCCUGCCCCUGUUAUAGAGCAAUUAAGCACUUGAUCACAAUGUGUCUUUUUGGGGUAAACCAGGCUACUGUCACCUCAAUAGGAGGUUUUUAAUUUUUGUAUUUUCUAUUCAUUUUCAUAACGUCCGCAUUUAAAGAUUUGUCUACAUGCUUUUUUCCCCCAUAUACCAAGAAAAUAUAAAACCAUUACAACUGCUGUAUUUUAAUUCCCUGUCGGUCUUUCUGCAGGACUUCUUGGAAUGGUAGCCCAUAUGAUGUACACAACCGUAUUUCAGAUGACUGUCAACCUCGGGCCGGAAGAUUGGAGACCCCAGAACUGGGAUUACGGGUGGUCUUACUGGUAACAAUCUUGGUCUAUAAACCAUUAUUACAAUGUUAUUUACAGGGAAAGGUCUGUGUCAGUGAAAAAGCAAUCUACAUUGUAUCUGUCUACUAUAAUUUGUAUUUUGUAUUGUGAAACAUGUUCUCCACCAGAUCUACAUGCAGUCUAUACAUUGCGCUGGUGACACAAUUGAUGAACAGUACCUGGAUUCUGUUACUACCUGUAGACAUUAGUUUGAUGUCAUUUACUUGUGGUAGGUUAGUAGUUGGCUACCAAGUCCAUGAUAUGGUUCAGUUUCAAGCAGAUAACAUUACCUUGUUUAUUGGCUGUUCUGAAGCUCUCAGGUAUAGGAGAACAUUUUCUUAAAAUUGUUGAAACUUGGGUCCAAAACCUGAUUAUUCACCAAUCUGGUAGAUGUUAAGUUCGGCAGAAUCUUCCCUGGCCUGAGUCGUAAAGAAACCAUUAAAUUGUUCCUACUUUUUGUUAACCCCCUUUUAGAACGUUCCUGUUAACCACCUCUAAUUUUCCGCAGUAUUGCAUGUAACUAUUUCAGCAGCAGCGGUGAUUGUACACACUGCAAUUUUUUGGCUAGGCCCCAUGAUAGAACCUUUUAUUAAAGCGCAUUGACAAAAUAAAGUGUAUCAAAAGUUAGAUAAUGUGUAGUAAGAGAAUAUUCCAUAACAUUAUCUGUAAGGAAUGGUACGCUACAAACUGUCUGUAGCAGAGGGUGACACAUUGGGAAGAGUUAGCGCAGUGAUGGCUCCUCUUCCACCUAGACGUCUGUGAGCUACUCUCGUCAUGAUGUUCAUCAAAUUAUUGUGGCCAGCUUAAAGGUAAAUUUAUUUUUGUCAAAGUUAACCAUCAGUGAUCUAGCUGGAGUGUUAGUGGAUGAUUUGAUAGCUUUUCACUUACGUAAAAUGCCUAGAAUAUUCCAUUAGUCAGCGCUCUGAGCCCGUGAUAAAUGUGUGUGAAGUUGGAGAUCUCAUUAUACAUUUUAUCAAUACGUUUUUGAAGUGACUUGGCUAUUAGAAUUACAUCUGCCAAGUGGGGAGGGGAGAAGAGAUUUGAUCAGCAAUGUGCUCUAGCGUGAAAAUAACCGCGGUAAGAACCUCAUUUCUCCAUAGAGAACUGGACUACAAAGCACAGCACUAUUUGAAAAAGCCAUUAAACUCCUUCCCCAACUUUCAGUCUUUUUUUUUUUUUUUUUUAUAGAGAAAUGAAGCAUAAAAUGAUUUAUAUAAUGGUUUAAAAAAAUGAAUCUGUGUCUAUUAAGGAUUACAUGAUAAAUCCGCCUUCUUUUCCAGUAAUUCCACAUAUUACUAUGAAUAAUAAGAACAUUAAACCUAAAAUACAUUCAGACACCCGCAGCCAUAAAAGACAGAUUUCAAGGGGAACGGUCACUUCACAGAAUUUCUCAUAUUAUGUUUACUAUUAUUUGGGGGUAUCUAUUUCGGGUCUACAUUCGGUAGCUCUCGGUUCCAACCCCCUUUUCAUUACCAGGCCCAGUAAUUCCAGAGAGAAAACCGAGCUCUGAAGGGCCCUGUUUUAUGGUCGCCAUUCGGAUACUUGCACGCCACGUGUUAGAGAAAACGGUGGCCAUCUUGUCCCCAGAACUUAGACACCGGGACUUGGUCGUCGAGUGUCUGGUUCCCUAGACUGGACAUUCGACUGUGCGAUUCUCCGGGGCCCCAUCCGCGGACGUCUAUUUUGUUUUCCCCAUUCGCCAGGAGAACGCUAUUUGGCAUGGCUACUUCUGUUACACCACUAAACCAAUGCUACUGCUGAGACCCAAAGACAGUUCACUGUUGUGGGAAUAUUGGGAGACUUUCGAACUGACUGACCGCAACCACUGAACUUGUGAAACUAUUGUGGGCCUCUGCCUUGUGUCCGGUCGGUCGAAUCUUUACCUCGGUGGCGUUUCCGCUGGGAACGUGGAAUUAGAGGGCUAUUUUGCCAGAUUGGGUGCUCUGGAGCCAGCUAUCUCGACAUAUAUGUGUGGGGGUUCGGACGUGGUUACAAUGUAUUAUUGCAUAUUUACGUAUUUCUGAAUUUUCUGCUGAGUCACGAUGACGCAGGUUUUCAUGUGGGCGUGUUGUGGGAGUUCCCAUGGGUGUGUGUAAUGUACCUUGACUUGCAUAAAAGCAGGCUAUCUGGCCAGAAUAAAACAUUCCUGUUGUACCCUUUAUCUAGUCUCGACUGAUGCUUGGCUAUGCGAUUGCUGUGUUGUGGUGUUUCUCCUCUCUGCUCGCUAGGAUUUCUGUAACCAUCGGCUCAUCGCUGCCAGAUAUCAGGGCUAUAAUCACAAAGUCCCAAGACGGUUCGGUAGUGUCUGAAAGAAUGGGUAUUCGGGAUACCAGCGUUCUUUUCCGCCUCCAUCUUGACUCCCUGUCAAGUUUUCACAAAAUUUCCUUGUCAGAGAACGCAUAUUGAGAGAGUAAAAAAAAAGAGAAGGCAGACAAGUGGUGUAAAGAUGGAUAAAUCCAUUGUAUUUCUGAAAAAUAAUGGCAUUUAUUCAAAGUUGACUGCUAAAUUAACCGAUUUUAUAAAUUGCCCUGAAAGUUAGAUGUAACCGCGUCAGCGACACUUUGAUAAAUCUAUUCUAUUUGUCUUCUUUACUUACAAUAUUUGCCAUGUCUAAACAGAGGAUGUUGUCAUUUGCAAUAUAUAUAUUUUUUUUAUUUAAAAGCAUGUCAGAUCUCAUGAAAAAAAAAAAAUUGAUACCAUUAAAAACCAUCUGUAACUCAUGUUAAGUCCGGAGAAGCAGCAGUUUCCCCCUUAAUAUGGUGAUCACUAGUCUUGGAAAAGCAGAUGUUUUGGAAUUCCGUUUAACCUGAGCAUCGUGAGAAAUGUAUUUGGAAAAUAUCUGGAGCAUUGACAUUAGCUGUCACUGUAAAAGAGCUUGCAGUCUAGGCCACCUUUGGCACUUCAGAUGUUGUGAACGACAUCUCCCCUGGUGCUUUGGCAGGAUUAUGGCUGCAAAAAGCAUUAAUGGGAAAUAUAGUCCACGACAUCUGUAGUGCCGAAGGUGGACUCCCCUGGCUUGGCAAACUAAUGGUAAGAGUCUAGAUGCAUAGCUGUAGCCUCGUCUAUGUUGUAAUAUUGAGGUAGGUGAAAUGGGUGGCGUGACCCUGACACUGACAUCCAUGCUAUGAAGUUGAAGGUAUAAGAGUGCUGAGUAUCGGUCUCAUUUUAAAGCAUUGAGAAGAGAAGCAGGGGCGUACCUAGAGCAUUUGGCACCCGGGGCGGAUCCUCCUUAUGGCACGCCCCCACCACCACCUUAAAAUGUAACAAAACACCCAAUUUUUUUUUAAAUGAAUGUAGCACUGAGCAGUGUUUGUGCAUCUAAAUGUAAGCAUGUGUUUUUGUAUGGAAAAUGUGUGAGUGAAUGUAGGGGUGUGUAGUGUUGGCGUUUGAAUGCAGGCAUGCAUUUGUGUGUAGUGUUGGCGAGAUGCAGUUGUGUGGUUAUAUCUAAUGGUGAUGUUUUAAUACAAAGGUGUGUUUGUUUGUAGUGUUGUUUGAAUGCAGUGGUGUGCUUGUGUGUAGUGUUGGCAAAAUGCUAAGAUGUAUGCAGAUAUACACAUACACAAAUAUAUACACACAAUCAGACAACACAUUUGCAUAGAAUUCAUACUAGCCACCCAGAUUUCCUUUUCUGUGCUGGCUGACACCUCAAAACUUCGAUCUUUGUUUAGCAGAUAACCCUAUUUGAUAUCCCUAUGUGAGAUUGCCAUAUUUAGAUCUAAAGAGCACCCUAAUUUGGCAUAUUGAAAUAUGGAAAUCUCACAUAAGAGCAUUAAUUCAGGGAAUUAUCUACUAAACUGCUAAAAGAUCAAAAUUUAAAAGCCUUUUACUUAAUUUUAAUCUUUCAGUUGUUUAGUAGAUAACUCCCUUAUUUGUUAUCCUUAUGUGGAUUGACAUAUUUAAGGACACCAAAUAAGGGAGCUAUCUACUAAACACAUACACAUUUAUAUACACACACAACCACAGAUAUAUACACACAGACUUGUACAUCUGUGGUUGUUUGUGUAUAUAAAUACACACACAAUCACAGACAUUACACUUAAUCACAGACACACAAUCACAAUAAACACACACUUAACGACAGAGAUACACACAAUUACAGACACACACAAAAAUCACAUUCUUACACACAUUUAGUGUCACGGCUGCUAGUGUGGUCCAACAUGCAGAAACUAUGUAAAUAUAUACAUAAAAAAGGAAAGGAAAUAAAAGGACAGAGCGUAAACCGAACCUUAGAAUGGCCGGACUAAUACGCUAGAGAUAGAGAAUGGUGAAAGGGAAAGCCGAGGUCAAGGAAGCCAGAAAUACUCAGAUACCAUUGAAACAAGCCAAGUCAGGGGAACCAGAAUUCGGAAUAACCAGGGGAAAGCCAAGAUCAGGAUACCAGGAAGUAAUAUUCACAAAGAUAAACGAACUCUCGAGAACCAGGAACAGGAAACCACGACAGGGCAAGGAACUGGAGUGAAUUAGGGAUUUAAAUAUCCCUCUCUGGGCUCUGAUUGGUCACCCCAGAACGUGCAUGUGCGUUGACGUCGUGAGGUCACGCGCAAGUCCGUAUAAAUUUGAGGGGUGGAGUUGUGGUGUGCGCGACCACGUGGUCAGCGCCAUCUUUGAUUUGGGCCCAGAAGACGCGGAGGAGCGUUUCUUGGUUUGCAGGUAAGCUCACAAUAUCGGCGAGGUCGUGCCGGUCGGGCACGGCUGCGCCAUGCGGCGGGCCGGGAGCCGCAACAUUUAGUAAUUAAGAGGUCCACCCAGCUUCCCUACCUUGCUCUUGGAUCUUUCUCAUGGUGAUUAGCGGUUGCUGCCGGGGUGGGUGCUCUCAGUAGUGAUGCCGAUGUCAGGAUGACAUCUUAUCCCAGCUGCCGGUUUACUGCAGGGCGCGCACUAACCUCACUGCCUCCCAGAAUAUAGCUGUCCUUGUCCCUUGUGUAAAAAAAAUGUGUUUGUGACAGCGUAUCUAUGUUCAUUGUGUGUGACUGCAUAUGUAAUUUGUGAAUGUGAGCCUGUGUGUAAUGUGUCUAUGUGACAGUAGGGGAACAGUUGUAUGUGCCUGGGUGGGUCGGAGUAGAUUGGGGUCUGGGACUUAGUGUGUGAUAUUGCAUGGGGGAAUAUAGGGGGGGUGUUGGUAUAAUGGCAGGGGGGUAUAAUAGUUACUUACCAUUUAGGAGGGUGCAGGGGCAGCAGCUCCUUCCCAGGCAGGCAGCAGGUGCAGGGGAUCUAGAGAGCUGAUCCCCUGCAUGUACAGAGUGACCGCGGAGGAGCAACCUGGCUCUGCGCCCCAUGCUGGUACACUCCGAAAUAGCCUCCCUGCAGCUCAGGGUGUGAGUCAGAACACAGGCUGGGAAUCCCCUCCUUGUGCUCUGACUCAUAAACUGAGCGCCGGUCUGCCAGAGCUGCGGGAGAGCAGGAGGUACAGAGCCUGGCACCCCCCUACUGAGUGGCACCUGAGUGUGGAUCAAGAUACACUCGGUUACUCACAAAUGUGGAACUUGUCCUUAAUGGGACACCGUAGGCACCCAGACCACUUUAUCUCAUUGAGGUGGUCUGGGUGCAGGGUCCCUGUCCUCUUAGCUCUGCUAUGUAAAACUUUGCAGUUUUGGAGAAACUGAAAAUUGCAUGUUUAAAAUUGCCUCUAGUGACCUUCUAUCCUGGAAUUUCAUAGAGUUUAACUAACUUGAAGAAAUGCUGGACGUCCUCACGCUUGUCAUGAGGACAUCCAGUGUCUUCAAACACCCAUAGGAAAGCAUUGAUUCAAUGCUUCCCUAUGGGUAAAGCCCACUGUACAUUAGGUUCCGCCCAAUAAACUUGCUGUGGGGCACAAAGGAACACUUUAGUGUAUGGAAUACAGGUCUGUAUUCUUAACACUAGUGUAUUCUAAUGAUGCUUUGCCAGAAUUAUGGCUGUAAGAAUUAUGGGAGAUGUAGUCCACAGCAUCUGGAGUUCCAAAGUUGCCUACCUCUGACCAAGAGGCACAAUAUCGCCCUUGUUUGAAUGGGCAGAUUCUAAUCGUAGUAUUUCCCCCCCUGCCCUCCCCAUUUGUUCUAACACAUAAUGCUUUAUUUCAUUCUGCAGCCUGGCGUGGGGCUCAUUUACCUGCUGCAUGGCGGCAUCCGUUACCACCAUCAACAGAUACACGAAGACCAUACUGGAGUUCAAGCAAAGGCGGAGGAACCUGGAACGCAGCUUACAAGGCAAGCAGAAGACGUUGGACCAGGACGUGACAGAGCCCGUCUGGGAUGUUUACAUUAACGCCCUUCAGGGUAACAGAGAAGGUUUCAUGGAUUUAUCUGUGAGCGGGCAAACAGCCUCCCCAUACGAAAAUGCAAACACAGCCCCAUUCACACACUGCGAUGAAUACUGCUAGAGUUUUUCAUAGAUUUGAUUAUUCUGGUGAUUGUAUACAUUUUUUCUAAUAAACAUAAACAAAAGGCAUCAUGUAACUGCCUUGGGCAUUAUUACUUAACAUAAUUGUGUUACAGGGGCUGCACUGGGAAUAAGCGAAAUGGUAUCAAAAUAAAUAGACAAACCGGAAGGUGUACUCAACAGACAAUAGCCAAACACCCUACAGCAAAGCUGAUAGAACCAAGCUCACACUGUUCAAUCAGCAUUAAAAUAAAGACCAGCUUGUGACUGUGUUUAUACACAGCGCUGUACAUAUUGUAUUUGAGCCUGUGUAGUGCCAACCUGCC